AGUUCCCAGUGUUUUUAUUUCGUUUUAAUUUUUCGGUCGAUUUGGGCUUCGUAUAAUAAGACCAGUGUGGUUUUCUUAAUGUGAAAAAACCAAAGCCCUUUAAGAAUGUGCUAUGUAAAUUGAUUUAUAAUUUCCCGUCGAGGCUGCGAGUGCCGUAUUUUUUAUUUUUUAUAAUAAUCAACAGUUGUGGUUAACGCGCUAUAAAAGGAUACAAAUCACACAUGUCAAGUACCGGUGCACACAAAAACCCUACAGCAAUGGAUAGCGAUGACGAAUACUACUCUGUUUCCGAGAGUCUCAGCUCAAAGGUUUCUUCAUACGGUUCAUGCACACCUGUGGCUUCUGACCAUGACGAAAACGAAGAAGAAGAAGAGUAUGAUGUCGACAAGGUUGUAGAGGAAAUGAUGGAAGCUAGAAAACAGCAGAUGCUUUCGCCUGUUUGGGCCAAUGCCGAAUCUAGUGAGCCUAAGCGCAAAACUCCACCGAUCCUGCAAACGGAAACGCCAAUCGAGAGUCGAGACGUUUUGGAAUUGAAGGUUUUGGAACUAUGUCCAGAAUUGACGUUACUCGGGGAGACGUUGGAGGAAGCGUUGAGCUUGCAAGCCGAACACGAACGAGUGUUAGAAAAAAUUCAGGAAAAGCAAAGUCCCGUCAGCGAACUGCUGAAGAAAGCCGACCAUCUGAUAGCCACGCAAAACACCCAACCCGAGGUGUACGCCGCCAUGGCCGACUCCUUGGGGUUGGCCUGGAAGGACGUGAACGACAUACUCCAUAAACGCAGUUUACUGUUACACUUGAACGUCGAAUACCACCGGCAAGCCGAACUGUGCAUGGAACGCAUCAGGGCGCUGGAAAUGCUCUGUCACAGUUAUCUACCGACCGAAGUGGAAGCGAUCAAAAAUCACCUCGAUCAAAUUCACGAAGUCCGCAAGUCAGUUUUGGAAUCGUUAAUGGUAGCUCUGGGCAACGGCACUCAACUGCUGGACUUUUUGAAGGAGAUUCACGUCAAAGGGACCCUGGAUUCCAGACCGGGUUAUAAUCAACACUCUACGUCACUAGCUAUAUCUCAAGUGGAACACUGGUUGGAGAAACUCCACGAUAACCGUCAUUCGAUCGACGUCGAUUGUCACGAGCGUAAAACAAUGCUCGAAAAACGUCUGACCAUAUCUUUACUAGUCACUGAUUUGAAUUUGCUCGAGAAUAUUAUUUCGGAAAGACAGAGUUCUUUAGAAAAAGUCAGAAAUUCUCUCGGCGAUUCCCAGUACGAAUGUUCCAAGUUAACGGAAGUCAAUGAAAAUUUAAUCGUAGAAGCCAAAGAUAUUAGGGACCAAGCUUUGAGGGUAGUAAAAGCUACUGAACAGCUCCAGUUGGCCAAAGGUUACAUGGAAGAAGAUUACAAGUUCAAAGCGUACAAGCUGCUGGAAAUGGCGACGGAAUAUUUGGAAGAACUCAGUCUCAGAGAACGGCUUUUGGACACGGCAAUGAAAUUCUUCGAAUCCGCCGAAAAACUUCUACGGGCAUGGGACACUAUACUUCAACAUUCGUCCGAUGAAAAUGUAUCGUCUAAGACUACGUAUGUAACUGAAACCGUGAAGCGAACCGGCGCUUCUGUCAUUCAAGAAGGGAAUUUAUUACUUAGAGAAGUACCUAAAGCAGAGGGAGUUAAAAGAGUAGUGGACGAAUUAGAAAGGAAAAAACAACUGAUACUAUCUAUCGUUAUGAAAGAUCAUGAUAAGUAUUUGGAAUCUUCCGAAGCGGUUACCACGUUCUCGGAAAAUUACAACAAAAUCUUUUCAUGGCUGGUGAGUUCCGCCGAAUCGUUUAUGCACGAACACAAUUAUAUGGGUACAAAUUUAAAAGAGACUAGAGAAUUUUUGGACUUACAUAAAUCACUGCAAAUGGAAUUAAGAACCAGAGGAAUUGACAUUAACGCUUUGGUGAGUUCUACCAAUUUACCGCCGCUGACGUACAUCGACGCAGACUCGAGAGUCGAAUUGGAAAGUAAAUCAACCGCCUUAAAGGACCAUUGGACCUACUUGGACAGGAUACUGAGCUGGAGGGUUCAAUUGGCAGAGUUGUUCGUCAAGUUUUAUUUGGCCGCCGAAACCCUAGACGUGGAGUUUUCCAAAAUGGACGAGGUUGUCACGCAACCUAAGGUUUCCAAUCAAGGUUUGGACGCAGGGCAUAAACUCUGGACUAGUAUCAAUCAAUUGUACGUACAGCUGAAGAACACCGGAGAGAAGUGUUUACAUCAAAGCUCACAAUCGGAAGACGUUCAACUGGAGCUGGACGUGGCAAGAGAACGAGUGCGGUCGGUGCUCGAUUUGUUUGCGGAUAGGAAAACCAGCAUCACUUCCGUUUGGGAGUCUUGGCAGCGGACGUCGGCCGAAAACGAAUCGGACAGAGUGCUCUGGAAAGAAACCAUGUGCGAGAGCAGCAAGACUGUGGAUUGGGUUUCCAAAUUGGACGCUCAGCUGUAUCCCAUUUUGAAAAGCGAACCUUCGACCGUAGACCGACACAUUUCGGAGGUGGAAAACAAAUUAAACAAUAUCUUACCGGAAGUGAAACGGGCCCAAAAUGAAAUCGAAACUAGAAUUACGACGGCCGAAGAACUCAUUGGAAAAGGAAAUAUACAGGGUGAACAUAUUUCCAUUCCACCGAGAUUAAAGGAACUCCAUAGUCGUCUAGUCGGCAUCACAACGGAAUACCAAAACCUGUUGGACAUGUUUUUGUCGUUUUUCAAUUCUCUACGCGAGUUUCAUAAAACGGUGAAAGACGCCGAACAAUGUAGACCGACCGAUAUUUGCAACCUCAAGUUGGACGAGGUCGAAGAAUUACUCAGAAAACACAACAAGUCCAGACAGAUCGUAUUGGAUAGCUUUAAAACUGUUUACGCCGAAAAUAUCAGACUGAUGGAUAAAAUCAAGCAACAGGAACCUCAGAAAUCCGCUGAACAAGAUAUGUACGUGGUACGGUGUUUAAUGGAAAACGAAAGAAACGUUUGGGAUCAGUCGUGCGAAAUGUACUGCCAAAAAAUCGAACAACAGCAACAGCUGAGUCAAUUUGACAACGACUUAAUUCAGAUUAACAACAAUUUAAACGAUCUGUCACAACAGUUAGCUUCCACUCGAGGACAGUACGGUUCGAAUUUAGCAUCCGCCAAAUCUGCUUCGUUGGCCUUCCAUUAUUUCGAAAAGACAAUCCUUCUUUUAGAACAGCGAAUCGAAACUUUUAUCACCGCUGCGAAUUCGUUGAUGAGUUUUGAUCACGCCAAGUCUGAACACAUAAAAGAAGAGCUAAAUAAAUUGAAAAGCAGGUGGGAUACAUUCCAAGCGCAAGUGGCAGAAAGUAGAAUUCAUAUAGACCUAUGUGUGCAGUAUUUUACACUUAUAGAAGAAGCUCAGCAAUGGUUUCAUGAGGGAAGCAAAGUGCUCAUGAACAUCGCUCAAAAAUCAACUGAAGUCAAAACGAGAGAAGAAGCCACAGUCUUGUUAAAUGAGAUCGAUAUUUUUUUGAAGCCGGGCGACAAAAAACAGGAAGACAGAAUAAAUAAAAUCGACACAUUGGGAGCACAACUUUACGGAAAACAGACUGGUUCUGAAACGCCUCGCGUAGUUACUGAAAACAAGGAGCUCUUAGAUUCAUUUUCGUUGCUUUCUAAGGAACUCAAGUCGUUUGACGAACAACUGAAGUCGAGAGAAAAUGCCGAAGAAAACACUAGCGACGUCAACCGAAUAAUAACUAACACAUACGAAGAAAUAAUGACUUCGACCGCGGUUAAAAAUAAUAUAACGUCGGAAGACGACAAUGCGACGUCAAAAAAAAUAAAACUCGAUGAAACUAUCAAACCAAAACCUCAAAUCAUCGCGCCCCUGCACGACAAUACAGUCGAAGAGGGUAAAAAGUUCACCUUCGAGUGCGGCGUGGACGGCGAACCUUCAAAAGUCACUUGGUACAAAGACGGCAUAUCGAUUGAAAACAACCCAGAUUAUAGGACCACCAAAGUAGACAAUCGGUAUGUACUGACAAUCGAAGAAACGUUUGUAGAGGAUUCGGCUAGUUUCACUUGUCGAGCUGAAAACGAUUCCGGGUUUAGCGAAACCAGUGCAUAUCUCUCGGUCAAAGAGUGCGAACCCGAAAACCAAAUCAGUCCGUCGGUUUUUACCAAAUUGUUAUCGGAUGUUGUGGUAAAAGAAGGCCAACCGUGUUCGCUGUCUUGCAAGGCCGAGGGAAAUCCACUUCCGACCGUCCAAUGGUACAAAGACGACGUGUGCGUUGAAAACAAUCCUCAGUACUUAAUUACAUACAACAACGGUGACGCGUUGCUUGAAAUCGAGCACGCACAGAAGUACAAUAAGGGCAAGUAUAUUUGCGUGGCCACCAAUAAACUCGGUUCGGAUUCUACUUCGUCUAAGCUGUUCGUUGAUGCCUUAGAAAAACCACAAGACGUACCCAAGUUUAUCGUGCCCUUGUCGAACAUCAUGGCCAGAGCCGGUCAAAAGUUAAAAUUCGAGUGUGAAGUCGAAACGAACGAGCCACCGACGUUAAUAUGGUUACACGACGGAAGAAUUAUGAAAGAAAUCAAAAACUUUAAGACUACUGAAAAUCGUGGGAAAAUAAAUUUAAUCAUACCGGAAGCGUACCCCAAAGACGCGGGUACUUACACUCUUAAAAUUAAAACGCAACACGGAGAGGCGUCAAGUUCUUGUCAGGUGUCGGUCAAAGGUAUAUUGCCGAACGAGACUUCGGAUACCGAAAUUGUCAACGACAUGGACCCGGUAAAACCGUCUAUUCCGUUACCUUUGAAAGAGCAAACUAUCGAAGAAGGAAGCAGCGCCCACUUAAAAUGUGUGAUAGUCGGUCAACCGGAGCCCGAGGUAAUUUGGUACCAUAACGGUAGGCCCGUGAAAGAAUCUAAAGACAUUCAACUAUUAUUCCAAGGCGAUCAAUGUUCUUUGGUGAUUAAAGAAGCCUUUACCGACGAUGCCGGUGAUUAUAAAGUAGUGGCCAUUAAUUCGGCCGGAGAGGCUAGCAGCGUUUGCACGUUGAAAAUAAAUCCUAAACCAGUGCCGGAAAUAGACGAACUUAUCGUCGCACCGAAGUUCACCAAGUUACUGUCGGACGUGCUGGUGCGUGAAGGAGACUCGAUAACUCUAGAGUGCAUAGCCGACGGUUGCCCGAAGCCGGAAUUCAAAUGGGUCCGAAAUACCGUUGAAAUUACACCGGACCAAAGGAUAUCGUUGAGAUCGGACGAAGACGGUACGGCUGUUCUUCAUAUCCCUAGCGCGUUACCCGCGGACAAAGGUCAAUACACUGUGAGAGCCGUUAACAAAGGUGGAGAGGCCAAGUGCUUUUCUCACGUGAUCGUAAAGGCCAUGUCGUCGUUUGAUAUCGCCAACGUCGGCGUCACGGACGGAGUUAAACACGAAGAUAAAUUGGAAAAACCAGUAUUUACCGAGACGUUUGGCGAUGCGACGGUUCUACCUGGUGAAUUCGUCAAAUUCGAAUGUAUCGUUGUCGGUAAACCUACACCAAAGGUCCGGUGGUUUUUCAACGAAAAACCGGUAAGCGGCAAAUCCUUUUUGGUGUCGACCAGCGGCGACCGACAGGUACUGACGGUUCCCGAAGCAGAAACAAGUCAAGCCGGGAUAAUUGAAUGUGUGGCCGAAAACGAAGCUGGCAAAUGUAGCUGUGCGUGUCAAUUAAAUAUUAAAGAAACCAAAAUCGUCCCGUUCGCCAUGGCUAACAACAACAACGCCGCCGAUUAUAAGCCUAUCGUUUCGUCCGACUGUUUUGAAAGUAGUUCGAAGUUCGAGUCAAAGCGAUCCGUGUUCACGUCGUCCUCGUCGACGUCUGUUGGAGAUGGUGCACCGAAAUUCAAAAUCGACUCACUCAAUACACAAUCAGAAAAACAGAGCCAUCAGUUUGGAAACAACGCUCCUGUACAGUUUGAAGCUUUGCGAUCCGAAGAAUAUCAUAACGUUAAUGGUCAAAAGAGUCAACACGUUAUCGAUCACAGUUCGGCCAAUGGCGCUGAAGGACGACAGACUUCGUUCUACGAAAGGAGUUUAAUGAACCAAGAGCUCAGAAAAGACAACUCACAAACGUCGCUUGCGGAAAGAAACAUUGUGAAACAAGUGCGAAAACCAACUGCACCUCGCUUCGUGUCGGCCCCACAAGGUAAAAUCGCAGAGCAGGGUGACGACGUAUUUUUGGAAGCUAUUAUCGAUAGUUAUCCGCCGUCCGAUAUCACUUGGAGUAAAAACGGCGUAGAUUUGUUUCCCGACGGAAGCAAAUUGGUCAUAACGAACCAGGUCAACAGGAAUCGUUUGGAUAUCAAAAACCUGACAGUUGCAGACGGGGGUCAGUAUACGUGUAAAGCUAUUAACACAGCUGGGAGCACGACUUGCACGACAGACAUAAUCGUUAGAAAAAAUGUAUUCCCCCCUGUAAUGUGUCGUAGGCUAUUGCCAAGCACAGUGGCCGAAGGGGAAAGAGUGGUUUUAGAAGUAGAAGUAGCCGGAACACCCGAGCCGACGAUCAGCUGGUUUUGGAAUAAUCAGCCUUUGAAAUUUCCGUCAAGUAUUCACAGGUUCAGACAACAAGGAAACUGCAGUGCGAUCAUCAUUGAAAAAGCUACUUUAAAUCAUGCUGGCGAAUACAAAGUGGUCGCUAAGAACGAAGGAGGAGAAGCGGUGAGUUGCGCUGAAUUGCGGAUUGUUCAGUCUAUACCCGAUGUACCAGGUACAAACUUAUAUCUGUCUUCCGAAAACAACUUAGAAGAUAAAAUAAACGUGGAUUACUACAAAAGCGUAGUGCCAACAAAUCAGCCAAAACAAUUUAGUGCGAUAAACAGAAUCGAAGAAAAAUCCCUUUUCUCUAAGUCUAUUAUUGUCCAAGAAACAAUCAAUACUAGCAAAGAUACGGUAAUGAGUGUAAAUCAUGGCGAUGUAAAUGGACGUGGUCUAAACACAGGGAGUACGAACGUCAAUUAUGAAAUAAAUGAAAAACAAGUGUUAUCUCAAAAUGAAAAUAUCGAAGGUGGGUCCAUACCGAAAAAGAGCGCCCUUCAAUUCUUUAAGAAUGUGAUAGAAGAUAACAAGGAAAAACAGGAAACGUCGAUUGAUAAAUUUAGAAUUUUGAGCCCUAAGACUACAAAAGAAGUUUACAAAAUUGAAAACCCUAUAGAGAAAUUUACUAAUACGAACAUUGUGUCAUCUACAGAAGCGUUUCAUACCGAAGAAUUUUUUUCGAGCAGUACACAUAAACAAUCAAAUGACUCAGAAGUCAUUUUAGAACCCGGUCCGCCGCCUACUUUUGAAUACAUGCCAAGAACACAGACGGCAAAGAAAGAUCAAAUGACUGAGCGACUGAAAAAACUAUCGACCAGUCAAAAACUACUGUCACCUGAGCAAAUACCUUCCGGUGCUGUCAGAAUUUUCCCAAAUGUUGCUUCGGAGAAGAAGCAAGAAGUAGUAGAAGAAAUAUGUGUGAAAAAAGAAGUAUUGAAAACGGGCGCAAACGAAACCACGUCAAAUCAAAAACACUCUUAUACGUCUGUACCGCAUCCUGAGCACCCGUCUCCGCUUUUGCGGCCUCGAGCAGAUAUCGAAGUACGACCGGGUUCCCCUAGGCCAUCUGCGGAAGCGAUUUCGAUGGAAAAACUUUGGUCAAAAGCACAUGCCCAAAAAACACCAACAACGUUUGAGCCUAUUACUCAGGCAAAAACAUACUCGACAUCCGAAACGCAAGCAUUUUUUUCGGAAACUGUGGAAAAAGAUGGUAAAGUGGUGAAGAAAGAAAGCCGAGAGGAAAAACAAGGCAGUUUGAAUAUCGACGACGGUGUUAAGAAAAUAUCCGAGAAGUUUUCAGAAUACUCAGUAGGCCCUACCAAGCACGUAGAACCACCGCGAACCGAAAUCAAACGCCCUUCUUCGGCUACAACGUUUAACGAAGUAGUUGCUACGGACAAGUACUCAUUUUAUAAAUGUCCCACACCCAAUAUAUCGCAGAGUACAGCACAAACCAAAACGACAUCGGCGUUCGACGUUCAAUCCAGUUUUUCCGAAAGCAACCGGCAAACGGUGAAAUCCGAGCAGUUCAGCAAUAAUCAAUCGUUCAACAGCGGUGUUCAGAAGACUGCUCAAUUGUUUUCAGAGCAGCCGAAAAGUCCUAUAAAGCACGUAGAACCUCCUAAGUUUGACAUAAAAAGCUCGACGUUGCCUAGGUCGUUCGGCCAAGAGACUACCAAGGAAAAAGUAUGGAAAUCUCAGUCACCAACGUUGUUCAAAGCGCCCCCUCAAAAUAAAUCGUACUCUGCCUUCGAGGCCCAUACUAGUUUCUCCAAAAGUCUAGAAAGAGACGGAGUGGCGGUGUCGUCCGAACAUAAGGAAGUGGGCAACCGAGUGGUCGACGACGGCGUGCAAAAAGUGUACGAUUCUUAUUCUGAAAACUCCAAGAAGCCAACCAAAUGCGUAGAACCUCCGAAGAACCAGAGCAAAGCGAAUUCUAUUAAAACGAUGCACAAAUUUUUCGAGCAAACCGGAUCGUCUUCCAACGCAGCCCAAACGCAUUCGAGACCUUUUAGCAGGAUGAAGUCGAGAACCAGCGACAGCGAAUUUGAAAGCGAAGCCGAAUUAUCCAAGUACAACGUAGAACAAUAUUGCGAAGGUUUGAACAAGGGCUUCGAGAAAAAAUCGUAUUCUACUACGUCUCAGUUUCAAGAAACUAGGAGUUCGGUAGUCGUCCAAAGUCCAGUCAAGGAAAGUGGUUACUUUGCCGACACAGAUGAACCGAGAAGCUUGCCGAACGAUUCGGCGACCGGUCAUUUGUCAAACAACGCCAGAAGAAAUACGGGGUUUCACAGUGCACUCAUGAAGAAGGCUGAAUUCUUCGAGAACGAGCGACGAUACAACCGGCAGCCUCCCCAGUGGCCGGUCCAGAGCGGUCAGCAUAAAACCCAAAUUCGCAGUCCCCAAAAGUUGGCCAAAGGUAACUGCCACGAGAGCGACAAUGAGAGCGAUUACGAAUCAAACCGGAGGAUCCAACCGAUUUGGCGGCCGUAUGAUUCGGAGUCGGGAGAACCGGUCUAUAAGCCCGUGAGACCAGCCUUUAAGCAGCCGACUAGACCCACAGACCCGCAGCGACAUCAAAUUAGAACGGCUCCUGUGCAUUUGAAAGAGAUAACCGAUCCGGGAUUUGAAUUAAAACCGGGAACUCCGCCCGAAAUAGGCUUUGCCCCGUCUCAGGAUUCGCAAAGGUCGGCGGGCCUCGUGGAAACCGAUGGCGCUCAAAGGACCUCUUAUUCCGUGUCCACAGACGGUCGUAAUCCCGCUAUUAGUCAAGGGUACGACUCGUUGGAGAUGAAAGCGGAAGCGAUGCGUUUGCAGAGAGUCGACGAGAUGCGAAAGAGGUUCGAACAUAAGUCACUAGUGCCCGCGAACGAAUCCAAUUCCUUCCAGACGGUCCCGUCGCAAAUCAACCACUCUUUUACUCAGGCCCGAGGUACUAACCAAAGCGACUGCUUCCAAGUCGAUCUACCGUAUUUCAAAUACGAUUUCGGAUACGAAUUCGGUAUAGCGUAUCCUGAGCGAAUCGGAAACGGUAGCACGGCCAACAGACAAGUCUGCGUUAGCCUACCGGUCGCACACGAGUCUUCCAAUCACGCCCACACGGUUUCAAAACAGUCGAGCAAUCCGACUAAUUAUUAUAAAACACACACUACCCUGGGAUAUAGUAAAAACAGCACAGAUGGCACCGUUAUUAGCCCCAUUUACCAAAAAGAACUGAACGCCGCCGAACAACCGGAUCCUUCGCAUAGUAUACCGUUUUUCGUAACCCCAUUAAAAGACAUAGCAGUAGUUAGCGGCAAGACAGCCAGAUUCGAGUGUAUAGUUCAAGGCGAACCAGUCGAAGACGUCGUUUGGAUGUGCAACGGCCAAGUGUUGGACAAAUCGGAUUGCUAUCAAAUGCAAUACAGGAAUGGCGUUUGCAGAAUGACUAUACCUAAGGCGUACCAAUUUAACGCCGGUUCGUACGUUUGCACAGUAUCCAAUUACCUUGGGGCGUGCAGCACUUCGGCUAAAUUGCAAGUAUCAGAUAUUGAAUACGUAACUCAACCUUAUGAUUGUUACCAGAAAAAUGAAGUAGCAGUUGAAGUAAAACGUAAUGAAUACACCAUUCAUGAGGGUUUCAUCGUCCAGCAGUCUGCUCCUAGAUUUGGAAACGAUGCUGCGCCGCCUGUAUUUGAACAGAUUUUUAAAAAUGCGAGAUUCGCUCAAGGCGGUGACGCCGUAUUUCAGGGAAAGGUGACUGGUAUUCCUAAGCCCUUUGUCUCAUGGACCAGGAAAGGUGCUCCACUACUGGAGUCAUCCAAGUACCACAUGAUGUAUGAUCAACAAACAGGGAAUGUUGUUCUUACUAUCAAUCAUAUCGGUCCAGGAGACGAGGGCGAAUACACGUGUUCGGCCCGGAAUCAAUACGGUGAAGCCAUUUGCUCAGUUUUCAUUCAACCAGAGGGACAUACUGUACAACAAAUACCACAGAAUAAGUACGGCUCGCAAAGAGUCCAGCAAACGCAAAACACUCUCUACUCAAAUAAUUACCACACUCUCGAAGAAGACUUUAAAGUCGAUACCUUCGAGUACCGAUUACUCCGCGAAGUCUCUUUCAGGCAAUCAGUUACCAAAAGGUAUUUAGGCGAACAAGACGUGAAGUUUACCAGCAGCGCUCAUCAAGGUCCUGUUGUAGCACCUCAAGUACUUCAAAAACCACGUAACUCGAAAUUAAUGGAAGGAUCGAACGCAACAUUCACGGUGAAAGUAUCAACAGCUAAGGACACUCGGUUAACUUGGUUCAGAAACGGUCAGAGACUCGUGAAUGGACCAAAACAUCAGAUAAACUUUACCAAUCAACUAGCUACGCUAAAUAUCCCGGAAGUUCAAUGUGAGGAUUCAGGCCAUUACACAUUACUUGUCGAAAACCCACAAGGAUGUGUAGUUUCGUCUGCAUACCUUGCAGUUGAAUCAGUUCCAAUCGUUUAUGAUCGGUCAGAAGACAAAGAGAAUAUAGUUACCAAAACUCAACACAACAAGCUAGAGUCGGUAGAAGCUGUUGAGGGUAAAAUGUUGGCGCCGAACUUUGUUAGAGUCUGUGGCGACCGAGACGUGACGGAAGGGAAAAUGACACGUUUUGAAGUCCGAGUUACAGGGAAACCGUACCCUGAAGUGUCUUGGUAUAUUAAUGGUCAAAAUAUUAAAGAUGACGCUACUCAUAAAAUAUUGGUCAACGAGUCCGGCGAUCAUUGUUUGAUGAUAACUAACGUAUCCAAAGCAGAUGCCGGUCAAGUAGUCUGCGUAGCUAGAAGCAGAUCAGGAGAAACUUCUUUCCAAUGUAAAUUGGGUGUUGUUGAAAAGGAAUUAGUUGUCGCUCCAAAAUUUGUGCAACGUUUUACACCUGCCAAUGUAAAUGAAGAAGAACCUGUUACGUUGAGUGUAAGAGCAGUAGGAACGCCAGUACCCAGAAUUACAUGGCAAAAGGAUGGUGUGAUGGUAAGCGAAAUACCUGGCAAGUUGGCACUUUGGACCGAAGGCGGAGGAUCAGUUUUAGAAAUCGCAAGCGCAUCUCCUGCAGACGCUGGUUGGUAUCAGUGCACAGCUCAGAAUACUGCGGGAUCAACUGCUACACGAGCCCGUUUGAAUGUCAUAAGAAAGCCUGAACCUAGCGACUAUGAAGAUAAAAGACUUAGGUUCCCAAAACCAACUAGGGUAAUCGAACCAGAGCCUGAGCCGGAACCAGAAGUUGUUUUCUUGAAACACGUUGAAAGAGCAAAACACCAAACUUCUCGACCAGAAGAAGAUAAAAUUUACCCACCACCACGGUUUAUUGUGCCUUUGUCCAAUAUUUCACAGCACGAGGAUGGACGAAUUCAUUUUGAGGCAAGAAUUGAACCAGUAGGGGAUCCAUCCAUGAAUGUCGAAUGGUUUGUUAAUGGUUAUCCACUGAAAGCUAGUUCUAGAGUAACUACUCUAUUCAACUACGGAUUCAUAGCUUUAGAUAUUUUAAGUAUAAUACAGGACGAUGCUGGAGAAUACACUUGUAGGGUAACGAGCAACUCGGGUACAGCUCAAUCUUUGGCUGUGCUCGGUGUUCAAGGCCGAGAUGAAAUAGAUAAGUCGAGUCAAUAUCCAGAUAGUUUGAAGUACAUUGAACAGUUAGAAGAUUAUUCCAAAUAUCAAAGAACUGAUAGUUAUGAAGAAGUUCAGCCCGUACCACCAACGUUUGUUCGACCUCUUCACGAUAUGGGUGAUUUGAAUGAGGGAAGAUACGCUCACUUUGAAGCUCAACUUAACCCGGUCAGUGAUCCAACUAUGAAGGUGGAAUGGUAUAAGGACGGCAAGCCUAUCACAGCAAGUUCACGUAUAACGACCAUUUUUAACUUUGGAUACGUCUCAUUAAACAUAAUGCAUCUCCGCACUGAAGAUAGUGGAGAAUAUACUUUACGAGCAAUUAACCGUUGGGGUGAAAUUAUGAGUACUGCUAGACUUAAUGUUAUAGCUCACAGCAACAUUACAGGUGAUCUAGGUUAUCCGGAGCAACAAAGAUAUAUUGAACAAACCGAAGCGUUAGAAAAAUCUUACCAACAACAUAAAAAUCAAGAAUAUAAGACAAUGGUACCAGAAAGUGUUGCGCCACCACAGUUUAAAACGCCAAUUAAGGACCAAAUAAACGUUAAGGAAGGUGGUUUCGCUCACUUUGAAGCAAGAUUAGAGCCAUUGGGUGACUCAACGCUUCAAGUGGAGUGGUUAAAAGAUGGAAAACCAGUCGAAGCCAGUUCAAGAAUGACUGUUUUCUUUAACUUUGGAUAUGUUGCAUUGACCAUUAAACAGGUUACGUCAUUUGAUAUUGGCACAUAUACUUGUAGAGCUUACAAUAACCUUGGCGAUGCUUCGACGUCUGCAGCGUUAACUGUACUUACGAGAAAGGAUAUAGUACAAGACAGUCAGUAUCCGGGAGGCAUAGAAAAGUUUCAAUAUUUGGAAGACUCUAAGAAAAACAAACGCAAAGCCGAAGAAGAGACAAUAGUUACUCAAAAGCCUAGAUUCCUUGGACCAUUAAAAGGCACUAACAAAAUAGCAGAAAGCCAAAGAGCUCAUUUCGAGGUUCGAGUGGAGCCACAAAAUGACGUUACAAUGAAGAUUGAAUGGUACUUCAACGGACGAUCUAUAAUGAGCGCUAAUAGAAUUCAAACGUAUCAUGAUUUCGGCUAUGUAGCAUUGGAUAUACUAAGUGUUAGGGCGGAAGAUACUGGUACAUAUGAGGUUGUAGCCAGAAACGCUAUUGGAGAAGCUCAGUUAUCUACAACUAUGCAAGUGGAAGUUCGUGCUAAUAUUGAUACAACUACUAUGCACCGCGGAGUGGUUGAAAAAGCUCCAUAUCUUGAAGCGAGAAAGUUUACUGAACCUCAAUACGACAUUGAAGAAAUUUCUAAAUCAAAACCGAUAUUUAUUCAACCUUUAAGUGAUCCUCAACCAGUCAAUGAAGGCAAAAACGUUCACUUAGAAUGUCGUCUUGAACCAAUGGGUGAUCCCACUAUGCGUGUAGAAUGGUUCCAAAAUGGAAAACCGGUUACAGUUGGCUCGAGAUUCCGUACUUAUUACGACUUUGGCUACGUGGCUUUAGAUAUUAUUCACGUGACAUCAAUUGAUUCUGGAGAGUAUACCGUCAGAGCUACAAAUCAUUUAGGAUCUGCUCACACAUCAGCAUGUGUUAAUAUCAUCUCUCGUUCGGGUAUACUGACUGAGAGUCAAAACGAAUACGCGUUGGAACAGAUUCAGUUAUUAGAAGAUGCUUCGAGGUAUCAAAAAAUGGUUAUUGAUGAUGAAACUGUUAUGCAAGCACCUCAAUUUACAAAAUCAUUGCAUAAUAUACAAACAUCUGAAGGCACAAAUGUGCAUUUGGAAUGUAGAUUAAAACCCAUCGGAGAUUCAACAAUGAGAGUUGAUUGGCUUGUAAAUGGGCGAUCUGUAAAAAUUGGUCACAGGUUCCGUCCAGCUUAUGAUUUUGACUAUGUGGCGUUAGACAUACUAAGCGUAUAUCCCGAAGACUCUGGAGUUUAUACUUGUCAGGCAAGAAAUGAAAUGGGCGAAGCAGUGACGUCGAGCUCAGUAAAAGUGAUAGCUAAAAAGGACUUGAUACUGGAUACCCAAAAUCCAAGUGGUUUAGAAAAAAUCCAAUACUUAGAAGAUACGUCGAGAUACAAAAAAGCAGAAAUGUUCGACGAAGAAGUGAAAAUCAUGCCUAGAUUCUUAACUAAGCCAAAGAACGUAGAAAAUCUGAAAGAAGGACAACAUGCUCACUUCGAAUGUAAACUUGAACCAGUCACUGAUUCUAAUCUAAAAGUUGAAUGGUUCAAGAAUGGACGGCCAAUUAUAAUUGGCCAUAGAUUUAGACCUAUUCACGACUUUGGAUAUGUUGCGUUGGAUAUAAUUGAUUUGAUUGAAGAAGAUUCAGGCACUUAUACUUGCCGUGCUAUCAACUUAAUUGGAGCAGAUGAAACCAACUGCCAUUUGUCGUGUAGAGGUUCAAAGGCCAUAGUGACAGAACCACAAAAUGAAAUGGGACUUGAACAAAUACAAUACCUCGAAGAGCGAACCCGCUACCAUAGAAAAGAGGAAGUAGAAGAAACCACUACACAAGCACCGAUUUUCACUACUUCAUUGAAAAAUUGUGACAUAAAAGAAGGACAGAGGGCUCAUUUUGAAUGCAGACUUAUACCUGUAUCCGAUAGCACCAUGAAAGUUGAAUGGUUCCAUAACAAUGUGCCGAUUAAAUUUGGGUCUCGUUUUACCGAAACCAAUAAUUUCGGAUUUGUCGCUUUUGAUAUUUUACAAUGUCUACCAGAAGAUUCAGGAACGUACACGUGUCGCGCUACAAAUUGGCUGGGUCAAUCGAUUACAUCUGGAAACCUUAACGUACAAUCGAGAAAAUCAAUAUACUUGGAAUCGCAACACCAAGAAGCUUUAGGCCGUUUAUCUCAGCUUGAGAACGCUAAUCGCUAUCAGCGCCAUUCAGUUAUCGAAGAUGUAGUUACACAAGCACCAGUUUUUACUCAACCAAUGAGAGACUUAAAAACUGUUGAAAGCCAAUCCGCUCAUUUCGAAGCCAGAUUAAUACCGGUUGGUGACGAUAAGCUGAAAGUAGAAUGGUUAAGGAACGGAAUACCCAUUCAAGCAUCUAAUCGAGUAACUACGAUGCACGAUUUCGGUUAUGUUGCUCUUAAUCUCAAAUAUGUGUACCCAGAAGAUUCUGGUACAUACACGUGUAGAGCUGUAAAUGAACUCGGACAAGCAGUGACUUCAGCCACUCUAGACGUGCAAUCUAAAGCUUCACUUCAGUUGGAAAGCCAACACGAGGCAGCUCUGUCAAAACUCAGGCAACUUGAAGACCAAAGUAAGUACCAGCGGUCAGAAGAAAAGGAAAUUGAAGUCACUGAAGCACCCAAGUUCAUUGUACCUUUGAAUGGAACCGAACACAUAUCGGAAGGCCAAAGUGCCCAUUACGAAUGCCGCAUAGAACCUUAUCCAGACAAUACAUUGAAAUUAGAAUGGCUGCAUAACGGAAAACCCUUACAAACGGGACAUCGGUUUAGGACAACUUAUGAUUUUGGAUUUGCAUCUUUAGAUGUACUUUCUGCUCUACCGGAAGAUUCUGGAGAAUAUACUUGCAGGGCAAUAAAUAAAAUUGGCCGAGCUGAGUCUUCCGUUAAGUUAGGAGUACAAUCUCGUGCUUCCAUUAUACGCGAAUCGCAGCACCAAGGAGCGUUGCAAAAAAUACAAUACUUAGAAGACGAUUCGAGAUACAAGCGCGCUGCAGCUGAAGAAGUACUUGCAACUGAAAAACCACAAUUUGGCCGCCCUCUUAAAAAUGUCGAACAUCUACCGGAAGGCAAAAGUGUUCAUCUUGAGGCAACGUUAAUUCCUGUUAAUGACCCAACUAUGAAAGUAGAAUGGUUUAGAAAUGGAAUACCAAUUCCGCAAGGUCAUAGAUUUAAGACGACCUACGAUUUCGGAUUCGUUGCUUUAGAUGUACUUUAUGCGUAUCCAGAAGAUUCAGGCACAUACAUGUGCAAAGCCAAAAAUGCCGCCGGUGAAGCAGUAACUACUUGCAUUGUAACAGUUGAUUCUAAAGCCGGACUACAAUUGGAUACAUUAGAUGAGGACAGAUUGAAAAAAAUCAAACAACUCGAAGCUUAUGAAAGACCUGCUGCUAAAGAGGCUGAGUUUGAAUUACAAAAACCAGUGUUCCUCACACCUUUAAACAGCCUGGAACUGAAAGAAGGAGAACACGCUCAUUUAGAAACCAGAAUAGAACCGAUUAACGAUACAGACUUGACGAUUGAAUGGUUUGUUAACGGAGUAUCAAUUAAAACUGGUCAUCGGUUUAAAACUACACAUGAUUUCGGUUAUGUCGCUCUUGAUAUACUUUAUGCUUAUGGAGAGGACUCGGGUACUUACAUGUGUAAGGCAACUAACAAGCAAGGAGAAGCCGUGAACACUUGUCAAAUUAACGUUGCUUCUCGAAGGAGCAUUUAUCUUGAAACGCAACAUCCUGAUGGUCUCGAAAAAAUUCGAGAACUGGAAGCUCAAGGACGACCAGCUAAACUUGAGAUAGAUGAGCCUCCACCAAUGGCACCCGUACUAACGGAGCUCUGGGGCACUACUGAGGUAGCUGAAGGAAAAACAGCCCACUUUGAGUGCCAAGUCAAACCGAUUCACGAUUCAAAUUUAAAAGUGGAAUUUUUCCACAACGACAAACCACUGGGCUCCGCUUCUCGGUUCCAUACAACCCACGACUUUGGUUAUAUAUCAUUAGAUAUCGGUCAUGUUGUGCCUGAAGAUGCAGGGAAAUAUACAGUUAAAGCUACUAAUGCUCUGGGACAAGCCGUUUCUAAUAUUACCUUGAAGGUUCAAGAUAGUGGAAGUAUUAUUUUGGAUUCUCAAAGGCCAGAAGGACUUGAUAAAAUUAGAGAACUUGAACUGGCGGUACCAUUUAAACGCCCUGAUUAUUCAGAACCGAUUACAAAACAAAGACCAAUGUUUACUCAUCCUUUACAAAAUAUUGACAGUAUUAAUGAAGGGCAAACGGCUCAUUUUGAAUGUCGUCUUAUUCCGGUUGGCGAUGCAACUAUGACUGUCGAAUGGUUCAGAAAUGGGCAACCAUUAGAAACGAGUUCAAGAAUCACGAAGUCAUAUGACUUUGGUUACAUAUCAUUAGAUAUUUCUCACGUCAGAGACGAAGACAAUGGAGUGUACAGUUGCAAAGCUACAAAUGUUCUAGGGGAGGCAGUCACUACAGCUUCCAUGCACGUUAGAACCAAAGACGAUAUUCAACUAGAAAGUCAACACCCCGAAGGACUGAAAAAAAUUGUCGAGUUGGAACGCAGCGAACCGAUGAAACGAGAGGAACUGGAAAGAGUUUUUGAAAAACCCAUUUUCACUCAACUCCUUACCGGACCAUCAGAACUUAUUGAAGGACAACAUGCUCACUUUGAAUGUAGAGUGGUGCCAGUUGGAGAUCCGACUUUACACUUCGAGUGGUAUGUCAAUGGAGUUGAGCUAAAAAUGGGAUCGAGAUUCCACACAACACAUGAUUUUGGUUUUGUCACACUUGACAUAAGCCAAACUGUUGCUGAAGAUUCUGGAGUUUAUACGUGCAAAGCAAUUAACAGGGCUGGAGAAGCUGUAUCUUCCACUUCACUAAAAAUAAGAGACCGUUCAUCGAUUGUACGGGAACCAUUGCAACCAGAUUCAUGGGAACAAAUUCAAUUGAAAGAAGCAGAAAUGAAUAGAGUACCAGAGAUGUUUAUAGAUACGAGACCCCAACAAGCUCCAGUAUUUACUACUCAUUUGCAAAAUCAAGAUAGUCUUGUAGAAGGUCAGCACGUUCAUUUAGAAGCUCAAGUAGAACCUAGAGCAGAUCCUAAUCUCAGAAUAGAAUGGUUCAAAAAUGGGGAAUCGUUGACAACUGGUUCAAGAAUAAGGAGUACCUUUGAUUUUGGGUUGAUCACUUUAGCGAUAAACAGUUUGAGACCCGAUGAUUCAGCUAUUUAUACUUGCAAAGCUACAAAUUUAUUGGGUGAAGCUGUAUCGACAUGCACUUUAAAGAUAGUAGAUACCAACUGGCUUUUGAGCAAUACUUUACAUCCCGAUUCUCUUUCAAGAAUAGAAGCUUUGGAAAAACCACAACCUGGACGACCUGAAGGUCCUGAGCCCGUGUAUGAAAGCCCAGUAUUUAUAUCACAUCUCAAUAAUUGGGAGUGCAAAGAAGGCAGCGAUGCUCAUUUUGAAUGUCAAGUGGAACCAUCCAAAGAUCCUACAAUGAAAAUAGAAUGGUUUUUAAAUGGAAAACCGCUUCAAACUGGGUCGAGAUUUAAACCAUCCUACGAUUUUGGCUUCAUUACGUUAGAUAUUAAACAAGCACUUGCAGAGGAUUCUGGAAUUUAUACUUGUAAAGCAACUAACGACAAGGGAUACGCAGUGACGACUGGAACUCUAAAAUGCACUGGUUUCCAAGGCAUACACUUAGACACACAACAUCCUCAAGGUAUUACCGGACUGGAAAAAGUACAGCAAGUUGAAGAUACUUUGGCUCAUAAAUAUCAACGUCAACCAUCUUUGCCCGAAGCUGCUUACCCAAAACCUAUAUUCAUUGUACCACUGGAGGCUGAGUUUAUACUCCCUGAAAGUGCACCACUUCAUUUGGAAGCUCGAGUUGAACCGAAAGACGAUCCCAGUUUAAAAAUUGAAUGGUAUUUUAACGGACAAGUACUUGAUUUAGGAUCUCGGUUUAAAACUAACAAUGAUUUCGGAUUUGUCACAUUGGAUCUUACUGAUGUAUAUGAUCGUGAUCAAGGAGUGUACACGUGCAAGGCUUACAACCAUUCUGGUGAAACGUAUACUUCAACUACAGUGUAUUGUAGUAGCAAAGAUGGUUUAAUUGAGCAUACUCAACAUCCUAAAGGAGAAGAAGGUUUAGAAAAAAUACAAAAUUUAGAAGAAUCCUUACAAAAGCCAAAACAAGGAGUAAUUGAUAAAGAAACUGGACAUGCUCCUGCAUUCACAUCACAAUUUAAAGAUCUCGGAUUUUUAAGUGAAGGUGAAAUCGCUCAUUACGAAGCAUCGUUGAUACCGGUUGGUGAUCAAAAAAUGAAGGUCGAAUGGUUCUAUAACGGAAAAGUGAUCGAAGCAAGUCACCGUAUUCGCACAAUUUACGCUUUUGGAAUGGUUGUACUUGAAAUACUCGGCACAAAGAUCAUUGAUACUGGAACUUACACAUGUAGAGCAACUAACGAUUAUGGUACAGCUGAAACAAGUGUCACUCUAGAGUGCGUCGAAAGAAUAACUGGUCAGAAACCAAAAUUUACGUCCCAAAUCGAAAGCCUCGAGGGACUAAAAGACGGCGAUUCUGCUCAUUUCGAGUGCACUUUAAUACCCGUCAAUGAUCCCGACUUGAAAGUGGAGUGGUUCCAUAAUGGCAAACCGUUGUUGCACAAAAAUCGCGUUAAAAUGAUUUCCGAUUUCGGCUAUGUUGUCAUGGAUAUUGCUUAUGUACAAAACCACGAUGCGGGAGAAUACGUUUGCAAAGCAAGUAACAAAUACGGCGAAGACACUACUAGAGCUAAAAUUCAGUGUUUCGGCAAAGGAGGAGUGUAUGUAGAUUCAUUGCAACCCAGUUCUUUAGCCCGCAUCCAAGAACUUGAGAACCCUGUAGGUGCUCAGCGAUCACCUUCUAUUCCAGUAUUAGAAGCGCCAAAAUUCGUUAGUCAGAUAACAGAUAUAACCAAUUUGAAAGAAGGCCAAAGCGCUCACUUUGAAGCUCGCGUUACUCCUGUCAACGAUCCAAAUCUUGUUGUUGAAUGGUAUUUCAACGGCGAGAAGUUGCAGCACGGUCACCGGUUUAGGACAUUCCAUGAUUUCGGUAUUGUGAUUUUGGAUAUACUUUGUUGUUACGAAGAAAACUCUGGAGUUUACGAGUGUAGAGCUUUCAAUAAAGUCGGAUCAGACAGCACUAAAGCAAAGCUUCGUUGCUUAUCAAAGACGAAUCUUAUAUUAGAAUCACAACUCCCUCAGGGAAUGGAAGGAGGACUAGAAAAAAUUCAAACUCUUGAAGAUUCAACGAUGAAAACUAAAGGCGAAAGAGCGUCUGCAGAAACUCGCCAGGCUCCAAUAUUCACAGAACCACUAUCCAAUAUUGACAGUCUUCGAGAAGGCGAAAGCGCACAUUUUGAAGGUCGUUUGACACCUAUUGACGAUCCAAACUUAAAGGUUGAGUGGUACUGGAACGGUAAACCAUUAAAAGCGGGAUCCAGAUUCAGGACGUUCUGUGAAUUUGGGUUUGUUAUAUUGGAAAUUUCUCCUGUAUACCCUGAAGAUUCCGGAGAUUAUUCGUGUCGUGCAACUAAUAACUACGGGGAAGCAGUUUCAAUAUCUAGCAUGAAAGUUCAAGGAAAAAGAAGCAUUAUCAUGGAGUCUCAGCUUCCUAAGGGAAUGGAAGGAACUAUCGACAAAAUUGCCGAACUCGAAGGUCUUGGUCAGUCAAAAGCGAUAAUUGAAACCGAAGACGAAAUGGGAAAAGCUCCAGAGUUUAUAACUACACCGGCAGACCUUAGUUUACCAGAAAACUCGCUAUCACACUUUGAAUGCAGACUUUUACCUGCGAACGACCCGAGUAUGGUGGUAACUUGGUUCCACAAUGGCAAAGUGCUGUCGGCCGGAUCACGUAUUAAGACGAUCAAUGACUUUGGUUUCGUCAUCUUAGAAGUAGCCGGUGUUUACAUACGAGAUUCUGGUCUAUAUACUUGCAAGGCCACUAAUAAACAUGGGGAAGCUACUGUAACAUGCAAGCUGCAAGUGAAAGGUCGACAAGGUAUUGUUUUGGAACCUCAGUUGCCAAAUAAUUUCAGAACCGGUACAGAGAGCAUACAAAAACUCGAAGAGAAUAUGUAUAAAAAGGAAGAAACUUUGACUGAAGACGAGAAACCUAAUCCACCGAAAUUCAUCGUAGAACUGAAGGAUGCAUUGGACGUCCAAGAAGCUAAAUCUGUGCGUUUCGAGUGUAGAGUCGAACCGAUUAACGACCCAACUCUACGCAUCGAUUGGUUCUUUAACGGAAAACCUUUUGCCACGGGUUCACGAGUUCACGUAGUAAAUGAUUUUGGCUUUAUUUCAUUAGACAUGGAUUAUGUGUACUCUCGAGAUUCCGGCGAAUAUAUAUGCAGAGCGACCAAUAAAUGGGGAACGGCGAUAACCAAAGCAAACUUGACGUGCACAGCCAAACUGAACGUUAUAUUAGAUUCUCAAUUGCCCGAUGGUAUGAGUGGUGAAAAACUGAAAGCGUUAGAACAGGGGCCCGUUCAAGAAAAAAUAGUUCCAGAUGAGAUAGAAGCUAUACCGCCUAAAUUCUUAUCGCAGAUCGAAUCGGCGACAGUCGAGGAAGCUAGUUCGGUGCAUUUUGAAACGAGAGUAGAACCCAAAAACGAUUCAAAACUCAGAGUGGAAUGGUACAGAAACGGAAAACCUCUUCCGUCGGGACACAGAUACAAAACAUUAUUUGAUCUGGGCUUUGUUUCUUUGGAUAUAUUAUCCAUGUAUGCUGAAGAUUCCGGAGAAUAUGUAUGUAGGGCUGUAAACGACCACGGCGAGGCUAUAACUAAAGCUAUGGUUACAUGUAAACAAUUACCGACAAUUUUAUUGCAAAAUCAAGUACCGAAGGGUAUGAAAAAGUCUGAGGCAUUGACUCAAAUGGAAGCGGCUAUUAAAAAGUAUACUUCUGAAAUACAUUUGACCGAAGACGAUUUGUACGAACCGGAAAAGAAGCAACCACCAAGGUUCGUAACCCAAAUCAACGAUCAAUUAUCAUUAGUCGAAAUGGAGUCGACCAAAUUCGAAUGUCAACUCGCUCCAGUGGGUGACCCUAACAUGAAGGUUGAGUGGUUCUUAAACGGAAAGCCAUUAAGACACAAGAACCGAUUCAAUCCAAUUUAUGACUUCGGUUAUGUCGCCAUGAACUUUGGAUGGGUGUACCCAGAGGACAGUGGAGAAUAUGUUUGUAGAGCUACGAAUUUAUACGGACAAGAUGAAACUAGAGCGAUGAUAAAAACGGCCGGUAAACCCGGUAUCAUUUACGAGUCACAGCUUCCGAAGGGAAUGAAGAGCAUUGAAAAAAUCCGAGAAAUGGAAGCUUCGUGGCAAGUAUUACCCGAAGAAAAAGAAGAAGAAGAAAAACGCAGGGAACCACCACAGUUUGUGAGCAAACCCGAACCCGUGACCAUAUGUGAAGGCGAUUGGGCUAGAUUUUGCUGCAGAGUUACUGGAUUCCCUAGACCAAGAGUCAUGUGGCUGGUCAACGGUAAUACUGUAGUUAAUGGUAUGCGUUAUAAAUUAAACUACGACGGAAUGUGGCACUUGGACAUACCGAAAACGAGACAAUACGAUCAUGGAAAAGUCGAAGUGAUCGCCAGAAAUUCGGUGGGAGAAUCUCGCGUCGAGACCAUGUUGACGGUCAAGUCCAGGCACGACGACUACAGAGGUGUAUUGAAAAAUUCACCGAGACAGGAAGUCUUCGUAGUUUCUGUUAACUGUCUGCGGUACUACGCUUCUUGGAGUUUGGAAACAGCGUGGUAUGACUCCGAUUUGGUUCAAUACCAAAAGGAUCUCCAGGAAAACGAAUUGGAAAAAGUGUUUACUGAAAGGGCGUCGACCGUACAGCAGUCUGAUUAUGGCAGUACCGUGAUAUCUGCCGUUGGUGAGCACAUAAAACAAAAACAAUUGAGUGAACCAAAACCAGAAUGGACUGAAACCGUAAAACAAAAGAAAAACGAAGAAUACUACAACAAAUUGAGCAGGUUGGAAGGAAACCAGGUCAUAAAGGAAACUAAAAUACGUGAAGCAUCACAUCAGAUGCCAAUUCCUGGUGAAAAAAUUGUUAGUAAAAAUAAAGGAACAGCUAAUGAAUUCGAAGAAACUCUGGUUAAAGAGAAAAAAGAAGAGUUGAUGCCAUGGCAAACGAAGAUACUUAAAGCCAGAGCCGACCACGACUCACAAUUUGUACCAGAUCCCUCGGAGUCCUCUGUACACGGAAAAGAAGUGCAUGUUUCCACGCAAAAACAAACUCAAAAAGAAAUUCAAGGUAACAAAGAAAUCAACAGAAAAAUAACUUCUACCGAAACCACCGAAAUGGAACACAGCGGAAAUACUCAAGAGAAAAUGGUACAAGGAAAAGUAGAACCAUCAAAGCCACCAAUAUUCACUAAGAAAAUUCAGCCUUGUCGAGCUUUUGAACAAGACCAAGCUCGUUUCGAAGUGGAAUUCGAUGGAGAACCAUUGCCGACGAUUAAGUGGUACAGAGAAGAUUUCCUAAUCCAAAACUCACCGGACUUCCAAAUUCACACGUUCAGCACAAAAUCUAUUCUCGUCAUUAGACAAGUAUUCAUGGAAGACUCCGGAGUUUUUGCUGUCAUUGCCGAAAACAGAGGAGGAAAAGCCAAAUGCAGUGCCAACUUGGUAGUCGAAGAGCGCAAACAAGUCGGCAGGAAAGGCCCGGGACCUCCAAGUUUCCUGACCACCAUUCAAGGGUCGGUUGUAAAAGCCGGACAGUUGGCUAGGUUUGACGUGAAAAUCAGCGCCAACAAACCUUUAGACGUAUACUGGCUGAAGAACGGAAAGAAAAUAUCUCAGGACAUCCGUUACAAAACGAUUGAUGAAGACAACCAGUAUACUCUUUUGAUCUUGGAAACGGCAACCGAAGACAGCGGAACUUACGAGUGCGUCGCGAUCAAUAACUCCGGUGAGGCGAGAUGCGAAGCGCAGUUGUUGGUUCAACCUCUUGAGCAAAAAACCAAACCCAAAGGAAAACCCACUGGCAAAGAACAGGCACCCGCAAUUACCCAACCGUUGUCCGGCCAAGUGAUUCACGAGGGACAACCGGUCACGUUUACUUGUAAAAUAUCCGGCCAACCCCCGAUUAACGUGAAAUGGCAAAAGGGUGACAAAGUGAUCAAACCGUCGAAAUACUUCCGGAUGACGCAGGACGGCGAAACCGUGGCUUUACAUAUAUCCGAGGUGUUCCCUGAGGACGAAGGCACUUACAAGUGUUUCGUGUCCAAUGCCGGUGGUCAAGCAGUGUUGUCUGCCGAUUUAAAAGUCAUAGUACCCGAAAAUCAAGACGAAGCUCCUACGCUUAGUCCCAUGAGAGAUGUGGUCGUGCCGGAAGGUAGUUCUGCCCAGUUUCGCACUCAAGUCACUGGCAAGCCGCAGCCUACUAUUCAAUGGUUCAGAGAAGGCACUCUGAUUCCGGACACGCCCGACUUCAAAAUGCUCUACGAAGAAAAUUUGGCCGUACUUUUGAUCAAGUCGACGUACGAAGAAGAUUCCGGCGUGUUCAUAUGUCGUGCCACAAACAGUGGUGGGCAAGUAGAAACUUCGGCCAGACUUACGGUGAAAAGACAACAUGGGGUUACAUAUAAAACCGGUACAUUUGACGACAAAGGUGUAGUGGAUAAUUCACUUAUAAAACAGAGUCCAAAGCAAUUUAAACAGACAGGGUCCCAAAUUAAUAUUAAUAAAUCUAGGGGUGGGGAAAUUUUAUCUAACACCCAAAAUAGUUUACUGCCUUGGAGGACUGGUAUAUUAGUAGACAAAUUAACAUGUUCUAUUGAAAUAACUGGCUUAAAAACCGAAAAUAUUAGGCAAACACCUACUCAGCAAAAUAACUUUUUUACGAAUGAACAAGAUAAGACAUUUAUUCAUUCCUACGCAACAGAGGAAAUAUUUAAAGUAGUACAAAAUAACAUUCAUCAAAAUGACGAAGAAAAAGCAAAACGAAUAAUUGAUCAAGUUUUGUCAAAAAGAAUGGCAAUGCCUGACAUUGUUUAUUUGAACGAAAGAGUGAAAAAUGAAAUUGUUGGAGAAGUCACACACAGAUUAACACAGUUAUACACAACAGAUGUUAAUCAACGGAUAUUAGCAAAAGAUAUAUUAAACAAAGUUUUAACAAGAUCUAUAGAAAAAGAUAAGCAAAAUGUAAAAAAUCCAAAAGAGCAGAAUAUAGUUGCAGAAUGGGAAAAAGCUAAAGACGAUUUAAAUUUGGCAAUAUCCAAAAAAAUAUUAAAAGAUGUGUCUAGUACAACACCUAAAGAAACAUUUGCCCUUCAAAAAUCGAAGACAGUUAAACAAGAUUUGACAACAAGAAUAAAUAAAGAUAAUCAGUUACCAGAAAAUACAAAUACUAGUUUCUAUUUCGGCGAAAUAGAAGAUGUAAACUAUGAAAUAGUCCCAGAUGAAUAUAAACCAAAGGUAAAAUUAAAGUUUCCUGGAAUAGAAAAACCCAGCGAAAUUAAAAAACAAGAACAACAAACAUUAACAAUAUGGACGGAACCAAUUACAGAUAUAGAAGAAACCCAACUUGAUGAGUAUAUUUCUCAACAAAUUGAAAUUAAUAAAAUAGAAACUCCAUGGUCUAAAAAUAACGUUAAACUGAAAAAAGUAAAAUCUCUUCAUUCCACUAGGCAUAAAACACACGCUGAAAAGGAAGAAAAUAAGUCACAAGACAAUGAUAAUGAAUCAAACUUUUCAAAAUCAAAUGAUACUAAAAGGGAAAAAAAUAAUUUAGCAUGGAUAAAAAAAUCAAAAGAACUGAAAAAGAUAAGCGUUGAAAAAAAAGAAAUUCCAAAAGAAAAACUAGAAAGAAUUGUAUUAAAACCGAAACACCAAAAAGAGCCAGCAAAUUCAACAUCAAGCAGAGAUAAAGAUAAUGUAUACAACGAAACUAUACAAAACCCUCCAACUGUUCAACCAUGGACUGAAGAAACUAUUGCUCUAAAAAAAACUAUGCCCAAAAAAAAAAUUAUUCCUAAAGAGAAGCCUGAAGAAGUAACAUUAAAACCAAUAAAAAAAGCAGAGAUAGCAGAAAUCACCCAUGAAGAUAAAGAGACGUUGAAGCAAUAUGAGCAACCAGUAAUAAAAAUACGAUUAAUGAAGCACGAAGAUUCAAAAAUUAAGUAUCACACAUCGAAAGGAAUAAUAUUAGAACAAAAAAUAAUAAAAGGAAAACAAACAGAAGAUGAAGAAGACAUAGUAAAAACGCAGCAACCGUUAAAACCAUGGACCGAAGAAGCUGUUACUUUGAAAAAGGUCAGACCGGAAAAGAAGGUUAUACCAAAGGAAAAACCAGAGGAAGUAACAUUAAAACCACUAAGAAAACCUAAAGUAGACGAAGUAACGGUAGUUGAAGAACAACCUGAGACUUCUGAAAUAACUGAAGAAGUAGUGGUGACUGAAAAAGGCGGUAAACGUAUUAAGAAAACGAAAAUCACUAAGAUAGGUGACCAAAUUGUAACUGAGGAUGUUUCAUUUGAUGAACAAGUUCCCAAAGUCGAAGAAAUUGAGGAUGUGCCUUUAGACUCAAUAGACCAACAACCCCAAAGGAAACCGUCGAUACCGUGGACCGAAGAAGCUGUUACUUUGAAAAAGGUCAGACCGGAAAAGAAGGUUAUACCAAAGGAAAAACCAGAGGAAGUAACAUUAAAACCACUAAGAAAACCUAAAGUAGACGAAGAAACGGUAGUUGAAGAAAAACCUGAGACUUCUGAAAUAACUGAAGAAGUAGUGGUGACUGAAAAAGGCGGUAAACGUGUUAAGAAAACGAGAAUCACUAAGAUAGGUGACCAGUUUGUUACUGAGGAUGUUUCAUUUGAUGAACAAGUUCCCAAAGUCGAAGAAAUUGAGGAUGUGCCUUUAGACUCAAUAGACCAACAACCCCAAAGGAAACCGUCGAUACCGUGGACCGAAGAAGCUGUUACUUUGAAAAAGGUCAGACCGGAAAAGAAGGUUAUAUCAAAGGAAAAACCAGAGGAAGUAACAUUAAAACCACUAAGAAAACCUAAAGUAGACGAAGUAACGGUUGUUGAAGAGAAACCUGAGACUUCUGAAAUAACUGAAGAAGUAGUGGUGACUGAAAAAGGCGGUAAACGUAUUAAGAAAACGAAAAUCACUAAGAUAGGUGACCAAAUUGUAACUGAGGAUGUUUCAUGUGAUGAACAAGUUCCAAAAGUCGAAGAAAUUGAGGAUGUGCCUUUAGACUCAAUAGACCAACAACCCCAAAGGAAACCGUCGAUACCGUGGACCGAAGAAGCUGUUACUUUGAAAAAGGUCAGACCGGAAAAGAAGGUUAUACCAAAGGAAAAACCAGAGGAAGUAACAUUAAAACCACUAAGAAAACCUAAAGUAGACGAAGUAACGGUAGUUGAAGAGAAACCUGAGACUUCUGAAAUAACUGAAGAAGUAGUGGUGACUGAAAAAGGCGGUAAACGUGGUAAGAAAACGAGAAUUACUAAGAUAGGUGACCAAAUUGUAACUGAGGAUGUUUCAUUUGAUGAACAAGUUCCUAAAGUCGAAGAAAUUGAGGAUGUGCCUUUAGACUCAAUAGACCAACAACCCCAAAGGAAACCGUCGAUACCGUGGACCGAAGAAGCUGUUACUUUGAAAAAGGUCAGACCGGAAAAGAAGGUUAUACCAAAGGAAAAACCAGAGGAAGUAACAUUAAAACCACUAAGAAAACCUAAAGUAGACGAAGUAACGGUAGUUGAAGAACAACCUGAGACUUCUGAAAUAACUGAAGAAGUAGUGGUGACUGAAAAAGGCGGUAAACGUGUUAAGAAAACGAGAAUCACUAAGAUAGGUGACCAAAUUGUAACUGAGGAUGUUUCAUUUGAUGAACAAGUUCCUAAAGUCGAAGAAAUUGAGGAUGUGCCUUUAGACUCAAUAAACCAACAACCCCAAAGGAAACCGUCGAUACCGUGGACCGAAGAAGCUGUUACUUUGAAAAAGGUCAGACCGGAAAAGAAGGUUAUAUCAAAGGAAAAACCAGAGGAAGUAACAUUAAAACCACUAAGAAAACCUAAAGUAGACGAAGUAACGGUAGUUGAAGAGAAACCUGAGACUUCUGAAAUAACUGAAGAAGUAGUGGUGACUGAAAAAGGCGGUAAACGUGGUAAGAAAACGAGAAUUACUAAGAUAGGUGACCAAAUUGUAACUGAGGAUGUUUCAUUUGAUGAACAAGUUCCUAAAGUCGAAGAACUCGAAGACGUACCGGUUGAGCAGGUUGAGGAAGUUCCUGAUGAUAAGCCUGUUUUACCUUGGAGAAAAGAUGUCCCUAAAAAGAUAUCUGAAAAACCUAAAGUAGACGAAGUAACGGUAGUUGAAGAAAAACCUGAGACUUCUGAAAUAACUGAAGAAGUAGUGGUGACUGAAAAAGGCGGUAAACGUAUUAAGAAAACGAAAAUCACUAAGAUAGGUGACCAAAUUGUAACUGAGGAUGUUUCAUUUGAUGAACAAGUUCCUAAAGUCGAAGAACUCGAAGACGUACCGGUUGAGCAGGUUGAGGAAGUUCCUGAUGAUAAGCCUGUUUUACCUUGGAGAAAAGAUGUCCCUAAAAAGAUAUCUGAAAAACCUAAAGUAGACGAAGUAACGGUAGUUGAAGAAAAACCUGAGACUUCUGAAAUAACUGAAGAAGUAGUGGUGACUGAAAAAGGCGGUAAACGUGUUAGGAAAACGAGAAUCACUAAGAUAGGUGACCAAAUUGUAACUGAGGAUGUUUCAUUUGAUGAACAAGUUCCUAAAGUCGAAGAAAUUGAGGAUGUGCCUUUAGACUCAAUAGACCAACAACCCCAAAGGAAACCGUCGAUACCGUGGACCGAAGAAGCUGUUACUUUGAAAAAGGUCAGACCGGAAAAGAAGGUUAUACCAAAGGAAAAACCAGAGGAAAUAACUUUAAAACCAUUAAGAAAACCUAAAGUAGACGAUGUAUCGGUGGUUCAAGAAAAACCAGAAGAGGUUACUUUAAUAUCAUCUACAAAAACGAAUAUAGAAGAAUAUCCCGAUGAUUUACCUGAGCUUGUUAAUGUUGAUACUCCUAAAUCGGUUGACCAUCAUCCUGUCAUUAAAAUUCGUUUACUUACUCAUGAAGAUAUGUUAGUACCAGAUAGAAAUAAAGUUCAUGAGGGUAUAGUAUGUGCUCAAAAAAUUAUCGCUGGUCCAAAGGAAAAACCUAAGAAAAAGAAAAAACAUGUUCAUUUGAACGAAGAUAUGAAUCAAGAGAAAGAAUUUUCUCCUGAUGACGAAGUUUCUGCUUUAAAUGAUGAUGAAUCCAAACAAUUAUCACCUAAGUUAUUGGAUACUAAGGAGUUAAGGGGAAUUAUGAAGCCUAGAGAAGAAAUCGAUUUAAUUUCAACCAUUGUUCUUAGUUCGCCUGAUGUGGGUGAUAAUUUAGUUAGCCCUCUUUCUGAUAAAUUGUUUAUACCUAAAAACAUUACCGAACAGAUUAUACCUGCUAAACUAUUAACUGAAAAACUUGAAUUACCAUGGAGAAAAUCUAAGGUUGAAAAUGAUAAUAUACGUGAAGAAGAUAAAGUCAUUGAUAAACCAACUUUGAGAGAUUUGAAUCCGAAUGAGACAAAACCCAAACUAGAAAAAUUAGAAAUGGUAGAAAAUAAGCCUAAACGACCCAUUCCAGUUAUUUUAGAAAAUAAACCUAUGUUUGCUACAAUUAAAUUGAAAAAGGCUCCAGUCAAACCCAAAAAUGAAAUACCCAAUGUUACGUUACCCAAAUUUUUGUUAAAAUCAAUUAUACGUAGAGUUGAAUUUGAAACAAAUCAACAUUUUCCGAAGAUCUCUUAUCUUGAACCGAUAUAUGUGAACAAUGGAAUUAUUUCUAGAAACUACGCAGAAGCAAUAAAAAUUAAAAAAGUUAAACCUAAGUUAUAUAAAAUACCUGAUUUGGAACCAACUGAACUCGAAAAAUUCGAACCCGAAGAUUAUAUAAUAGAAAAAAUAGAAAAACCUGAUGAAAAACCGCUAUUUGUAAAAGACAUUAAAGAAAAACCUAAGGUAGAAGAUGAAACUCCGAGGAAGUUAAAGAUGGGGAAAGGAACGAUACCAAAAAUCGAGGAUCAUAAAGAAAUAGUAGUUUUAAAGAAAAUUCCAAAAAAACCAUUAGAAGAAGCUGUGGAAACACCGAAAAAGCCAGAAAAACCGGAAGUUCUACCAAGUAUUGAUUCAAAGCCGGGAGACGGCUAUGAAAUCAAAUUAAAGCCAUUCGAUUAUAUUCCCACAGGUGAAUUACCUGAUGAUGACUAUAGAGAGUCACAUCCCGAUGAUUUGACUACUACUAAAUCUAGUAAGGAUAAGCCAAAAUAUAAAAGAAAGAAGCCUGAGAAACCAGAUGAAGUUGAUACGCAGACGCCUCUUGUAAUGGGUGUACCUAAACCUACACCUGAUGAUAAAGAAAAGGGUAUAACACUUAAGUAUAAGCAAGGCCUACCUGAACCUGAGGCUCCUGAUGAUAUUAAACUUAAACCAGUACCCAAAGAUGCCCAUCUUAAAAAUAAACCCUUUGAUGAUGUUAAUUUGAGUAUCCCAAAACCUGAUGAUAGUGAGCUACCUAAAUUAGAUAUUAAGUCAAAGUCUAGGAAAGCACCAGUCCCCAGUACAGUUAGUAUAGAUACCCCUUUACAGGAUUUAAUUAUAGUUAGCAAAAAGAGGGAUGUAGUUAGUCCGGAAAAAGUUCAAACAAUGGUAGCUCCAUAUUUUAUUGAAAAAGUGCAACCUUUAGUAGCAGAGUAUGAGAAACCUACUGCUUUUUCAUGCACUGUGGGGGGUAUUCCCACUCCUGAAGUCAAAUGGUACCGGGAGGACCGUGAACUUCAAGCUACUGACGUAUAUGAAAUAAAUGUUUAUGAAAAUACGUCUACCUUGAGGAUUUCUAAACCAACCGAAGAACAGUCUGGUAUAUAUGUUUGCCAAGCAACGAAUUCGGCUGGAGUUUCGACCUGUACUGCACUUCUAGUAGUGUUAGAUUCGGAAGAGACUGGGGAAGCCCCAUAUUUUGUGGAACCGGUACGGCCAACAAAAGUGAAAGCUAAAAAAUCAAUUGAAUUGCGUUGCGUUGUAAAAGGAAUCCCUACGCCUGAAAUUAUAUGGUGUCGUGAAAAUGAUGAAAUAAUUUCAGAUGAUGAUGAUUUUAUCACAUCAUUUGAUUUUAAAACAGGAGAAGCAGUACUAACACUAGUAAAACCGUCAAAUGUAGACCAGCAUUUCUAUGUGGCUAAAGCUGUAAAUAUUCAUGGUAAAGCUGAAUGUAUGGCCCAUAUAACGUAUGAAAAAGAUGAGACGGGAGAAGCACCGAAAUUUAUUGAGCGUUUAAAACCGAAAGUUGUAAAAGCUAAUGAAAUAACUGAGCUGACCUGUUUAGUAAAAGGUACGCCAAUGCCAACAGUAACAUGGUGUCGUGACGAAGAAGAAAUCAUACCAGAUGAUAGUCAUAUUCUAACUUAUUUGCCCGAAACUGGUGAAUCAAAACUCGUUAUUUUACACCCAGACGAUAUCGACGAAUCUACUUACACGGUCAAUGCCACGAAUAAAUUUGGUAGGGCUCAGUGUAGAGCAAAUUUGAUAGUUCAAAAAGACGAGUUCGGAGAAGCACCGACCUUUGUUCAACCAGUGAAGCCGAAAGUAGCUAAAGCUAACGAGAUAACCGAACUAAUGUGUGUUGUAAAAGGAACGCCCACUCCGUUGGUGAUGUGGUGUCGUGAAAAUGAUGAAAUAGUUCCCGAUGAGAGUCAUUUGGUUACGUACGACUCCGAUACUGGAGUAUCUGUGUUGACUAUAAUAAAUCCAACAGAAAUAGAUGAAACUAUUUACACGGUAAAGGCCGUGAACAAACAUGGACAGGCACAAUGCCGGGCUAACCUAAUCAUACAAAAAGAUGAGUUUGGAGAAGCACCUGUUUUUGUGCAUCCCAUUAAACCAAAAAUCGCCAAAGUCAAUACAACCACAGAACUGGAGUGUUUGGUCAGAGGUACGCCUACGCCGACCGUGGUUUGGUGUAGGGGCGAGGAAGAAAUCGUAUCAGACAAAACACAUACAGUUUCGUAUUUGCCAGAAACGGGUGAAUCGAAACUUAUAAUCGUCGAAACAACGGCAGUCGAUGAAAAUACGUACACUGUAAAAGCGACCAAUAAAUUUGGCAGAGCUCAGUGCAGAGCUAAUUUAAUUAUACAGGAAGACAUUUUUGGCGAAGCACCAAUCUUUGUAGAGCCUAUUAAGCCGACUAUAGCAAAACCAAACGAGACGACUGUGCUAAAAUGUCUAGUGACUGGAAUCCCAACUCCCACCAUUGUCUGGUGUCGAGGAAAAGAAGAAAUCAUACCUGACCAAACACACACGAUAGAGUUUAUUCCAGAAACAGGCGAGUCCAAGUUGACUAUACUAAAUCCAACCGAGCCGGAUGAAGCGUAUUACUCAGUAGAAGCCGUCAACCAAUUUGGAAAAGCUAAGUGCAAAGCUAAUCUGGUUAUAGAAAAACAUGAAUUCGGUACAGCACCAUCAUUUGUCGUGCCGAUUAAGCCAAAAGCGGUUAAACCUAAAGAAACGGUGGAACUUCGUUGUGUAGUUAAUGGAACACCAAUGCCAACUGUUGUUUGGUGCCGAGGUGAUGAACAGAUUAUUCCCGACGAGAGUCAUGUUGUAUCCUAUAUACCGGAAACAGGCGAAUCCAAGUUAGUCAUAGUCCAUCCAACGGAAGUGGAUGUAAACGAUUAUACAGUGAAAGCAGUUAACUUAUUCGGCGUCGCCCAAUGCAAAGCUAAUUUAAUUAUAAGCGAAGAAGAGACAGAAAUUGAAGAAAUGCCAAAAAUAUCUGUUGGAAAAUCCCCUUACUUCGAAACUGAAUUGCAGACAGAAACUGUGUUGGAAGAAGAAGAAGAAGAAGAUGAAGUGAUCACAAAACGUUUGGUUAUCAAAGUGCGAGGCUCUCCUGAACCUAAGGUACGUUGGUAUAAAAAUGGAGUAGAAAUCAUUCCCAAUGAAGAGUUCGAGAUCGAAGAGGAAGAAGAAGGUGUAUGCAUUUUGACUAUCAAGAAAACACCAAAUGAAACAGCUCAAGUAAUCGUUUGUGAAGCAGUCAAUGAGUAUGGAGUGGCGACCACCAAAACCGUUCUGAUAAAAAGCAUAAAGGGCACUAAAGAGUACAGGAAACCUUCGUGGGUGUCUCAAAUGGAAGAGCUACGUGAACAACUUCAAGCAUUUCAAAGUGCGCCGAGCUUUGUUCAAGAAUUAAAAGACGAACGUGCAGUAGAAAAUGAUACUGUACAGUUUGAAGCUCAAUUUUCAGGAAAUCCCAUUCCAUUGGUCAUUUGGUACAAGGACGAUAAGAUUAUUCGAAAUUCGUCCAACGUUCAAGUAAAGAUCACUGAUACUAAAACUACGAUAAUCAUUCGGAAGGUGACAAAAGAAGACGAAGGUACAUACACGUGCAAAGCAAACAGCAAUUUGGGUGAAGCCAAGACAAGAGCUAAGCUUCAUGUUAAAAAACUCGGCGAUGAUCAAUUUACGGCCACGGAGGAAGAGCUAGAAGAAAAAGUUGAGGAAGUUAAAAAGGUUAAAAAAAUUACAAAGAAAAAGAAGAAGCCCAAGAAGGAGACUGAUAGAUCAUUCGACGAUAUCGAAUGGAAAGAAACGGUUCCUUUGUCUACUCCAGUCGAAGAGGCCAAAGCUACUCCAACGUUGUCCACACAACAUCCGGUAUUAGUAUCGGCGGUUGCCACUUGCAAACAUGUCGGCGAUGACAUAGUCGACGACACUCCGAUCGGGCCAGAAGUGGCAGAUCUAAUCUUUGAUGGCCGCGAACCAUUGUCAACGUCAGAAACGGUGUCAGAUGAAACGGUCAGGGAGAUACGCGGACCUGAUUAUAAACAAGCAAAACCUACCGAAGAACCGGCUUUAUUCACAGCGCUGAAAAAGCAGACGCCUACCAUCACCCGUGAAGUGGACGACGUACUUAACCAAAUCGACCUAGUGGAAUUCGGACCAGCUGAAUGGCCACUACGAGAGUUGGCCACAAUCAGUGUGCUUACACGCCACGGGAUCUCCAUAGAAGAGGUGAUUGUAGAACAUUCUUCGGGUAAAUUCCCAGCUCUGAGGACUGCGCCAGCCCAGUCGGCGAUGGUACAUUUGAUCGAACGCGAAGGGUACACUGAAUUGGUGACGGACGUGUUCACUAAAGAAUCAACAAUACCGGAAACCGUCAACGAAGUGUUCAAGGCAUUCAUGAAAAUGAUCGAGUUGAAACACAGCACUAUGGAGGAAAUCAUCACGUACCUGAUGCCAGAAGAUUUCCAAACCAGUACUUGGGACAUGGACCACGCGUCUCAAAUUACCACAGAUGAUACAAUUACCGAGACAAUUGACACAAGUGAAUCAACUGAUGUUCAAAUACAUGAAUUUAAAAAACGAUAUUCUAAAAAAUUAAUAAGAACCACUGAAGAAUCGCUUUCAAUCGAAUAUGGCAUAAAACCGAAAUCUUCAGAGGAGAACAACCUAAUUAUAACAGACGUAACUGAUGAUAUUCGUGACAAUGAUUUGAGCACGAUAGAAAAUGAGAAAAAAACAGUAACUAAAGAAGAUUUAGAAGAAAUUAAGGCUACAAAAACAACUAAAAAAAAUAAAGGACAUCUAAAAGACAAAAACCGAACCAAAAAGGACAAUGAAAAAGAAUUAGAAGAAGAAAUCAUAACUGAAGAAGUUAGAAAAAAGAGAAAAUUAGUUCUAAGUUCUACAGUCAGUGAGGAUAAUAUUCCUGAUGAAGUUGUGGAAGAACUAUGUAUUCAAAAGCUUCCUAUAAUUUAUCCUAAUGUCGUUCAAACUCCAAGUGCUAUAGACGAAGUGAUUCCACAACAAGAAGUUAUACUGACAAACAGCAUUCAACAUAAAAGCAAUAAAGCUAAAGUAAGCGUAAUUCCUUAUAACGCAGCGGAAAGUAUAUUAACCGAAGUAGAACAAAAGGAAGAACACCGAAGAGAAACGAGCAAUAAAAAAACAUUUAAAGCUAAAACCGUCUUAGAAUUAAAUGAAAGUAUAACAACAGACUAUCCUGAUACCCAAUCACCAGUAGAAAAUAUUACUAAAAGUUCAAAAAUUACACCAUGCCAAGCCCUUGUGGAUAUAGUUCCAAAUGAAGGAAUUGAAACAAAUGAAGUUAUUCCUGAUCAAAUGUUAAAAGAAGAUAUACAGAAAGCUGAAAAUAAAAAUAAGGAAGCUACACUUAGGUUUAUACCCCAUACACCAAAAAACAUUUCAGAAAUGAUACCAUCUACAAAAGAAGGUGAAUUGAAACCAAAUCACACACCAGAAACUAAAACUGCUAAGGCGGAAAUCAUUGAGUUUAAAAGUUUAAAUGUAACAGAAGUAAAUGUAGGUCAAACCGAAACUAUUUUACAAGACAUAUUACAACCACUAACUGAACAACCUACAAUUGAACAUCCUUUAAAUGAACAAAUUACAGUUAGUGAAUUUUAUUCACAAGUAAAACCAGAAAAUUAUUAUCCAGAAAUAAUAGUACCAACAGAAGUAGCAGAAAAACAAAUAGUUUCAACAAGUAAUAUUCUAACUACAUAUCAAAUAGAAGCUUCCGAAAAAGAAGACAAUUUUAAGCUUCGUGAAAUACCCGAUGGAUACAGUGCAAACAUCGCAAUAGUACCAGAAAAAAGCAUUCAAGUAUAUACAACUGAUGCACAAGAAAGUGAACAAAACUUGCCAGAACAAUGGGUUCCGGAUCAAUCAAAAGCAACAUCUGACAUAAUUUUAUUAUCUAGUCUGGUUGUAAACGUAACUGAGCAACAAGAUAACGAGGAAUCAUUUUUAUCAAGUAUUCCAGAUAUACGCAGAGCCAAUCUUAAAUUAGAUGAUGCUAAAGCAGUUUGUACACAUUCUAUGAUAAAUAUAAAUGAGGCAGAAAGUGAUUUAGUAGCACAGUCAUUGCCUGAAACAAAACAAGUAAGUAGUUUUAUUCAAGGAUUAGAGGUUCCAGAUGUAAUAGAAGUUGUCGCAAAUGAAUCGGAAACUGUGUUUACACCAAUAGCGACACAAAAAGUUCUCCCUGAAACGAGUUUCAGUGAAAAUCAAUCCUAUAUAGUAAGUGAAACCACAACCAAUGAUUUCCCCGCAGAUUUGGUAUUAACUUUAAGGUACAAAACUGACGAAGCAAUAUCAUCUAUUGAGGAAGUAGAGGCAAAACAGAUAACACAAAUAGAUGUACAGGAAACCAAUGUACCGAUUGAAGAAUCGGCGAAACCAACAUCAAUAAUACCGGAAACUAAUUUCGCAUCUAGCUUAAGUGUUACGGUUGAAGAAGCCAUCAUCGCAGAACAAGAAGAAUCGUUAAAACUAAAGAAACACCCAUAUUCACACAAAUCCAAGGCUGUGCCAACGCACGCUUUGAAAUCCGUUACCAUUGAAGAGAAUACUCCACAAAAUACAGUGGAUUCGUUUGAUAACGCAGAAGAAAUUAUACAAAUAACUGAAAAUGCCAACUCGGAUAUUGUCCACGAACAUUCACUUGUUGUAGAUGAAAUAUCCACAUUUGAUUCAGAAUCCAUUUUUUCACCAGACAGUGUUCCUAAAAAUGUGCAAGCGCAACCUUCAUUUAUCGGUCUUGAUACUGCCGAAACCUUAGAGGUGAUUCCUAAUGACACAAUGGUUACUUUAACAAUGGAUAACAUCCAUAACGACAAAGCUAAAAUUGGCCAUGUACCAUUUGAAACUUGUGUAUCCGAGAUAACUAAUGUAAACGAAUCAGAAGAAAUUUUAAAGGAAAAUGAAAACCAACAACGAAAAAAAGCAAAAACAAUAUUAGAAGAAAGUGUCGGUGUAAACGUUACCGAGCAAUCAGUUUUAGAAAGUGAAUUAUCUACAGCUGAAAUGAAACCACCACAUCCAAGUAGUGCUACCACAGAAAUAGUUUGCAUGGAAGUACCAGAUCAAUCAGUAAUAGUCACCGGAGAUUUUACCUUAAAUUUUACUGAGCGUGAAAUUCCGAAAUUGCAAGCUCAUCGCGAACAAAGCACUUUAGAAGGUGUCGCGCUUUAUGAAACCACGGUAAUUGAAAAAGAGGGAAAUGUAGAAACCAGUAAAGUGCCAAUGACGUACUCUGCUGGAACAACAAUAGUCUUAGAAGAAGCUCUAGAAAUAUCUCAAGUUGUGGCGGAUAACAGAGAAGAAAGUAUAUCACAUGUAGAGAUACCGGUUGGAGAAAAGGCACAAUUUAAUGUUUCGCCGUUUAAUACUGCUGAAAACCAUGAAAUGUUAAUAUGUGAUAGUGUGGGUACCGUAACAGAAGGCGCUCCUACUAACGCGAUUGCUCAAACAAAAUAUUAUGAGCAACAUGGUCUUGUUGAAAGUAUUAUAGUACCCGCGGAUUCUGAAGACACCUUAAAACAUUUUAUAAUGCCAGAUAAAAAGAACGCCGAUACUUUACAAACAGACUUAGAUAUUCCCUUAAGCGUACUAGAAAUUUUAACACAAGAAAAAGAAAAUGUUUUUGAAUCAGAAGAUCUUCAGAAACAUGUUCUAGACAAUCAAGAAGUAAUUUUAGAAGAAAGUCACACAACUACGGAAACAACGGUGUGUAGUUCUACUGAUGAAUUUGUUAAUGUGGAACCACAACUUUUAAAUGCAACUAAAACCCAGAAACCAUAUUCUGCUAUAGAGGAAUUUGAAACGGCUGUUUUGGAACAUGAGGGCAAUUGGUUACCUGAAGACACUUUACCAGAAAGACAUGCAGACUGCAAGUUUGAGAACGCAAAUAGUGUAAUUAAAACAGAACAAUAUAAUCUAGAAUCAGAGGAUGUUUUAUAUUUAAAUAAUGAGCCGGCAUCUGAAAACGCCUCUAUGACAGUAGAGAUUUAUAAUACCGCACUUAACACUACUGAAAUAGAAGCUCCUGAAAAAGAAGAUUCGUAUAAGCCUAAAAAAUUACCCGAUGGAUACAGUGCAAACAUCGCAAUAGUACCAGAAAAAAGCAUUCAAGUAUAUACAACUGAUGCACAAGAAAGUGAACAAAACUUGCCAGAACAAUGGGUUCCGGAUCAAUCAAAAGCAACAUCUGACAUAAUUUUAUUAUCUAGUCUGGUUGUAAACGUAACUGAGCAACAAGAUAACGAGGAAUCAUUUUUAUCAAGUAUUCCAGAUAUACGCAGAGCCAAUCUUAAAUUAGAUGAUGCUAAAGCAGUUUGUACACAUUCUAUGAUAAAUAUAAAUGAGGCAGAAAGUGAUUUAGUAGCACAGUCAUUGCCUGAAACAAAACAAGUAAGUAGUUUUAUUCAAGGAUUAGAGGUUCCAGAUGUAAUAGAAGUUGUCGCAAAUGAAUCGGAAACUGUGUUUACACCAAUAGCGACACAAAAAGUUCUCCCUGAAACGAGUUUCAGUGAAAAUCAAUCCUAUAUAGUAAGUGAAACCACAACCAAUGAUUUCCCCGCAGAUUUGGUAUUAACUUUAAGGUACAAAACUGACGAAGCAAUAUCAUCUAUUGAGGAAGUAGAGGCAAAACAGAUAACACAAAUAGAUGUACAGGAAACCAAUGUACCGAUUGAAGAAUCGGCGAAACCAACAUCAAUAAUACCGGAAACUAAUUUCGCAUCUAGCUUAAGUGUUACGGUUGAAGAAGCCAUCAUCGCAGAACAAGAAGAAUCGUUAAAACUAAAGAAACACCCAUAUUCACACAAAUCCAAGGCUGUGCCAACGCACGCUUUGAAAUCCGUUACCAUUGAAGAGAAUACUCCACAAAAUACAGUGGAUUCGUUUGAUAACGCAGAAGAAAUUAUACAAAUAACUGAAAAUGCCAACUCGGAUAUUGUCCACGAACAUUCACUUGUUGUAGAUGAAAUAUCCACAUUUGAUUCAGAAUCCAUUUUUUCACCAGACAGUGUUCCUAAAAAUGUGCAAGCGCAACCUUCAUUUAUCGGUCUUGAUACUGCCGAAACCUUAGAGGUGAUUCCUAAUGACACAAUGGUUACUUUAACAAUGGAUAACAUCCAUAACGACAAAGCUAAAAUUGGCCAUGUACCAUUUGAAACUUGUGUAUCCGAGAUAACUAAUGUAAACGAAUCAGAAGAAAUUUUAAAGGAAAAUGAAAACCAACAACGAAAAAAAGCAAAAACAAUAUUAGAAGAAAGUGUCGGUGUAAACGUUACCGAGCAAUCAGUUUUAGAAAGUGAAUUAUCUACAGCUGAAAUGAAACCACCACAUCCAAGUAGUGCUACCACAGAAAUAGUUUGCAUGGAAGUACCAGAUCAAUCAGUAAUAGUCACCGGAGAUUUUACCUUAAAUUUUACUGAGCGUGAAAUUCCGAAAUUGCAAGCUCAUCGCGAACAAAGCACUUUAGAAGGUGUCGCGCUUUAUGAAACCACGGUAAUUGAAAAAGAGGGAAAUGUAGAAACCAGUAAAGUGCCAAUGACGUACUCUGCUGGAACAACAAUAGUCUUAGAAGAAGCUCUAGAAAUAUCUCAAGUUGUGGCGGAUAACAGAGAAGAAAGUAUAUCACAUGUAGAGAUACCGGUUGGAGAAAAGGCACAAUUUAAUGUUUCGCCGUUUAAUACUGCUGAAAACCAUGAAAUGUUAAUAUGUGAUAGUGUGGGUACCGUAACAGAAGGCGCUCCUACUAACGCGAUUGCUCAAACAAAAUAUUAUGAGCAACAUGGUCUUGUUGAAAGUAUUAUAGUACCCGCGGAUUCUGAAGACACCUUAAAACAUUUUAUAAUGCCAGAUAAAAAGAACGCCGAUACUUUACAAACAGACUUAGAUAUUCCCUUAAGCGUACUAGAAAUUUUAACACAAGAAAAAGAAAAUGUUUUUGAAUCAGAAGAUCUUCAGAAACAUGUUCUAGACAAUCAAGAAGUAAUUUUAGAAGAAAGUCACACAACUACGGAAACAACGGUGUGUAGUUCUACUGAUGAAUUUGUUAAUGUGGAACCACAACUUUUAAAUGCAACUAAAACCCAGAAGCCAUAUUCUGCUGUAGAAAAUUUCGAAACAGCUGUGUUAGAACUGGAAAGUGAUUUAGCUAAAGUUGACCUGAUUCCGGACAGGCGGGCUGAAAUUGGGUUUGAGAAAAAUUUAAGUAUUGGUGUUUUAGAACAGUUACCUUUAGAUAACAAUGAUGAUUUUUUCGUUCAGAAAAAUUAUUUAGAAAAGAGUAUAACGUUAUCAAUUUCUGGAAUAGACGUGGCUGAAACUUCGGAAACAUUACCUCAAAGUCCUAUUGAAGAACUUGAAAUUAAUAUUGUAAAUCCAAAAUUGGCUCAUUCUACUCAAGAUAAUGAAGUUCAUGGACUGGUAUCAUCAGAAGUUAUUCUUCAAGACUCGGAAACGAUUUUAGAAAAUUAUCUUGAAUUUAACAGCAAAAUAGCUGAUGUCUCUUUUGAAGACAGUGCUAAGACUUGUGUUAUUACAGAAGUUUCUUCCAACGAAAAAGAAAUUCCACUGGCCAAACAACUGAAUCCAUCUCAAUAUAAUGCUGUUCAAGAGAUAUUAAGUUACGAAGGAUUACAAGUCGACGAAGCAAUUAGCCAUUUAUGUGAAGAUCAAUUAUCUCCUUUCAAAUAUACAUCACAAAGCAUUAAACCCACUUUUGAACCCAAUAAAUCAUUAGAAGUAUCUGAGAUUAACCCAUCAGAAUCAGAAGAUAUUUUAAUGCAAAAGCCGAAACAACCCAUCAAACACGCUACUCCUAUUUUUGAAGAAAAUACUAGUAUUACUAUAAACUCUACUGUGGCAAAUGAAAAGGAAAACAGCUUCAUUAAUGAUACUUUGCAUUCUAAUAUUGCAAUUGAAAACCCCAAUCUAGGUGAUUUAAAAGUACCAGAACAAUUAGAAAGAACAACAUUUGAUAGCGUUAAUUUCAUUGAUAUCCCGCUUGUAAACCAAGAUUUUGCAAAACCACACUAUUCACUGUUAGAUAGCAUCUAUACGACUGAAGUUAAUAUACAUGAUAAAGAAUCUCAGUUUAUACCUAAUCCAAAAGAAACUAAAAACAUAACAACUUUUGAGUACCUUACAGAAAAAUCAUUAGAUGUAUCAGAAGUAUUACCAAAUGAAGCAGAAUGUACUUUAAUUCAAAGUGGUAUGCCCCAACCAUCUAUUGCCUUACGCGAAAUUUCAGAAACACAAAGAGUCGCAACAGCUACAGAAAUUAUUCCUCAACAUAUUGCUGAAGAAUAUAAUGAAAAACCCCACCCAACCUCUUUUAACUUAUUACCAAACUCAGUGGAAACUGAAAGUGUUGUAAUUACAGAAACAGUUUGUAAUGAAUCUGAAAAAUUAUUCGAUACCGUUAAGAAUGACAUAAGGACUUGUGAUUUUGUAAUUACGUCUGAUCAAAAUAUUGAAGUAAUAGAAGUAACGCCUGAAGAAUCUGAAGAAGCAUUAGUUAAAACUGAGUUACUUAAAGCUUAUAAAGCUAAUCUUCUAUACGAUGAAAAUCAAACUCUAAUAGUUGAAGAAGUAGAAGCAUCGCACGAUACAAUUCCUUUUUCAGAAACACAAUUUAAGUUUAAAAAUGCCUCUCAACAAUUAGAGCCACUUUUAGAAAUGACAGUAUCAGAAAUUAGACCAGAAGAAAGUGAAGUUAAUUAUGAUGUGCAGUUAAUGCCAGCACCAAGAAAAGUUACUCAGGUUUUGCCCGAAAACGAAAGUUUAAACAUCAUAUCUACGGUUGUAACUGAAAAAGAAAUGAUACUAAAUGAAACUAAAAGAGAUAUUUGUCAAAACGCACAAGAGAUAACAGUGUAUAACAUAAAAUCUGUAACCCAAAACCAAGAAAACGAUAUCCAAACCGCCACAGGUGAAUUUAUUGAACUUAAACCUAAUGAAUUAUACUUAAAAUCAUCUUUUAUCCCGCUCGAUUCUAUUGGACAUACAGAAGUAAAUCCACUAGAAAAAGAAUCGACAUUGCAUAUUCAAUCGAGAGAUAAAAAAGAAUCCGUUACUAUCCAAUUGGAAACAAUUAAUUUACCACAAGUAUCUGAAAUCAUAAUGGGUGAUAAGGAAUCACAUUAUGUUCCUUUGCCACUUAUAAAUACUAAACACGCCUCAGCCGAUAUUUCCGACAGUCAAUAUGUUAGCAAUAUUUUGGAGGUUAAACCUAACGAGUCUUUAAUGGAAAUAAAGCCAAUGGUGUCAGACUCUUGUUUGGCAGUUCCUAAACAAGAAUUAUUACAUGAAGUUACAGUAACUAAAUAUUUAACUGUAGAAAAAGAAGAAAUAUUUGAAGGUGAGUUUAGUCCAAAUUUAUCUUCUGUCAAUGUUAAUGUAGAGAGGGAAAAGGAAACAAAAACUAUAACUGAAGUUAUAACUGAAGAAGUAGUAGAUGAAUUUAAUAAAAAAGAUUUGCCCGAUAUUAAAAAUGCUAUUGCAGAUGUUACUUCUGGACAACAAGUUGCAGAAAAAACAGAAAUUUUACCUAACACAGCUAUUGGACAAUUGAACGAUUCAAAACCUAAAUCAUUUGCAAUUAAACCUGUACAAAAUACACAGGAAAGUAUUCAGACGACUAUAACUAUUCCCCAAGAUACAGAAAAGACACUUUUUUCAUAUCCAAAACCGGAAGAAUAUACGGCUAAUAUUGGAAUAAUUCAAUCUAAAAGUAUCAACGUCACAGAAAUAGUGGGUGAAGACAAGGAGGGCAAAUUAAUAUCUUCUGAAAAGCUAAAACCACAAAUAGCUGAAAAAGAUAUUUUACUAAAUGAGGCAGCAGAAACAACGAGUGUUAUAACUAAUAUGGACGUAAUGGAAUUGAUCGAAGAACAUCCUAAACAAGUUUCGGUUAAUAUUGAACAUGAACCACAUACAAAUAUUACUCAAUUUGAAACAACUAUUCAUGAAAGUGAAAUACGUAUGGCACCUUAUGAUAUUACUAGUAAAACGGCAGAUAUAACAAUGAUUCCAAACAAAAGUUUAAUAAUUACUGAGGUGAUUUCUGAUUGCAAAGAUGAUGAACUACUUUUACAACACAAAGAAGCCAAAAAACAAGCUAGAUCUUGUAUUACUCAACUUCAUGAAGUUCCACAAGUAUCUGAAAUAAUUUCAUCGAAUACAACAAGUGAUGCACAUCUGGUAAAGUGGGAAACAAAACAUGCUAAAAUAAUGCAACCAAAUUUAAACGACACUAUAGUAUCUUCAGAAGUCAAUAUAUUAGAAAAAGAAACGGACUUUAUUGGAAAGCCUGAGUUUGAUGUCCAUACAGCAGAUAUUCAAUUUAAGGAAGAUACAUCUCUAAACGUGACUGAAAUUAUAUUAAAUGAAUCUGAACAGCCAUUAGAACUACUUAAACCAAUGGAGAGGCGAGCAUCAUUAUUACCAGCAUUAUUUGAUGUUGUUUCUGUGACGGAAAAUUAUCCUAUAGAUAAAGAAACCUACUUUGAUUCAACUCAAAACCCGAAAAGCCAAACCGUUAAUGUUACUCACAUAGAUAAUAUUAACUUGUCGGUAUCAGAAACGAAAACAGAAGAAACAGAGAUAGAAUUUACAACUUCUGCGCCAAAUACUGAAGUAGCUACUAUCCCAGAUAUAACCACACGACCAGUUGCUAAUAUUACUGAAAUAAUAACGUUGACAGAAGUAAAAAAUAUGCCUUCUGUAAAUGUAACAGAAAACGCUACAGCUAACGAAAUUCAGUUAAUGUUUGAAGGAAUUGUUCAAACAGAACCUAAUAUAGCUGAAUCAGAAGGUAUUUUAAAAAAUACAAAAACAACCGAACAAAAGGCCAAUAUUAUAGCCAAUAUUUUAGAAAAUAUAAUUAACACUGAACAAAUUGUAUCAGAAAAGGAGGGAACACUUAAUGAUAUAAGACUUCCAGAUGAAAAACAGGCCAGCAUUACAAUAGAUGAUACUUAUUCAAGUGUUAUCGUUACCAAAGUAACAGCCGAUGAAAACGAAUAUGACUUUACAACAAUUCCAAUUAGAAAAUUGUCAAAUGCAAAGUUACAAAUAGAAAAAGCAGAAGCUAUUAUUAAUUUAGAAACAACCACGACAGAAUCAUUAAACAAGUUCGAAAUAUUGCCUCCAAAAGAUGAAACCGCUAUAAUCAACAUUGAAGACGCUCGAUCAGGUAUUUUAAUUUCUAAAAUAAAUUCCGAAGAUAAAGAGACUGAUUUGAUAAUACGACAAGAUAAGCCUACAAAAGCUACAAUUCAGAUUGAUAACUUGGAAGUUAUUACUAAAGAUGAACAUAUAACGUCAGAAAAAGAAGACUUAUUACUAAUAAAACAACAACCAGAUACACUCAACGCAUCAAUUUCAUUUGAAACUACAAAAAAUACUGUAGAUAUACUUGAUGUAACAUGUAUUGAUACAGAAGACGAUUUAUCAGUUGAACCAUUAAGAAGAGCAUCAAUGGCAGCAAUAUCGACUGAGGAAUUUAAGCAUUUGGAGACAUCAGAAGAACUACCAUUAACUAAUGCAUAUGAUCUUGAAAUGCCUACAAAAAUUAAAGAACAAACCGCCAAAGUAGAUUUCUACGAGCUCAAACAGAUAAUGGUUGAAGAAGCUAUAACUAAUGAAACUGAAACCGUUUUAAAUGAAGAAAAACCAUUAUCACAAAACAUUCAACGUCACCUUAUACCAGUUGAACAAAAUGAAAUAGUAGCAGAGAUACAACCAAUUAACUUUGAAGACGACAAAUCCAUUUUAGAAGAAGCCAAGAUAAUUAUACCCACAAACCAACAAUGGCUCAAUGUUCGUGACGAUAAAGUUCUUGAGACAACAAAAGAAUUUAAGUCCGUAAAAACAGUGACAAAACAAGCAACUAUAACGGAUACUUCCUCAGAUCUCACAUGGCCAGCAGAGCAGAGCGUACAGAAAACAUCUCCAUCCAUCACAGACACACAAAAAACACAAAACACAAAAAACCUUGAAGCCCAUUCUGUUAGUGAAGGGGGUAAAAAAAAGGUGACCAAAAAGAAGACUAUUAAGAAAGUAGUUGACGGUAAAGAGGAGGUUGAAGUUGUUGAAUCGAAACCCGAAAUAUCCGAAAUAACCGAUGAAGAAGUAGGUCAUUUGCCUGAUUCUAAAUUAGUCAAACCCGAGGAGGCUACCAUUAUUCCCGAGGAAACAACUUCUGUAGAUAUACAAACCACUACAGUCAUUGAAGGGGGUAAGAAAAAGGUGACCAAAAAGAAGACCAUUAAGAAAGUGGUUGAUGGUAAAGAGGAGGUUGAAGUUGUUGAAUCGAAACCCGAAAUAUCCGAAAUAACCGAUGAAGAAGUAGGUCUUUUGCCCGAUUCUAAAUUAGUCAAACCCGAGGAGGCUACCAUUAUUCCCGAGGAAACAACUUCUGUAGAUAUACAAACCACUACAGUCAUUGAAGGGGGUAAGAAAAAGGUGACCAAAAAGAAGACCAUUAAGAAAGUGGUUGACGGUAAAGAGGAGGUUGAAGUUGUUGAAUCGAAACCCGAAAUAUCCGAAAUAACCGAUGAAGAAGUAGGUCUUUUGCCCGAUUCUAAAUUAGUCAAACCCGAGGAGGCUACCAUUAUUCCCGAGGAAACAACUUCUGUAGAUAUACAAACCACUACAGUCAUUGAAGGGGGUAAGAAAAAGGUGACCAAAAAGAAGACCAUUAAGAAAGUGGUUGACGGUAAAGAGGAGGUUGAAGUUGUUGAAUCGAAACCCGAAAUAUCCGAAAUAACCGAUGAAGAAGUAGGUCUUUUGCCCGAUUCUAAAUUAGUCAAACCCGAGGAGGCUACCAUUAUUCCCGAGGAAACAACUUCUGUAGAUAUACAAACCACUACAGUCAUUGAAGGGGGUAAGAAAAAGGUGACCAAAAAGAAGACCAUUAAGAAAGUGGUUGACGGUAAAGAGGAGGUUGAAGUUGUUGAAUCGAAACCCGAAAUAUCCGAAAUAACCGAUGAAGAAGUAGGUCUUUUGCCCGAUUCUAAAUUAGUCAAACCCGAGGAGGCUACCAUUAUUCCCGAGGAAACAACUUCUGUAGAUAUACAAACCACUACAGUCAUUGAAGGGGGUAAGAAAAAGGUGACCAAAAAGAAGACCAUUAAGAAAGUGGUUGACGGUAAAGAGGAGGUUGAAGUUGUUGAAUCGAAACCCGAAAUAUCCGAAAUAACCGAUGAAGAAGUAGGUCUUUUGCCCGAUUCUAAAUUAGUCAAACCCGAGGAGGCUACCAUUAUUCCCGAGGAAACAACUUCUGUAGAUAUACAAACCACUACAGUCAUUGAAGGGGGUAAGAAAAAGGUGACCAAAAAGAAGACCAUUAAGAAAGUGGUUGACGGUAAAGAGGAGGUUGAAGUUGUUGAAUCGAAACCCGAAAUAUCCGAAAUAACCGAUGAAGAAGUAGGUCUUUUGCCCGAUUCUAAAUUAGUCAAACCCGAGGAGGCUACCAUUAUUCCCGAGGAAACAACUUCUGUAGAUAUACAAACCACUACAGUUAUUGAAGGGGGUAAGAAAAAGGUGACCAAAAAGAAGACCAUUAAGAAAGUGGUUGACGGUAAAGAGGAGGUUGAAGUUGUUGAAUCGAAACCCGAAAUAUCCGAAAUAACCGAUGAAGAAGUAGGUCUUUUGCCCGAUUCUAAAUUAGUCAAACCCGAGGAGGCUACCAUUAUUCCCGAGGAAACAACUUCUGUAGAUAUACAAACCACUACAGUCAUUGAAGGGGGUAAGAAAAAGGUGACCAAAAAGAAGACCAUUAAGAAAGUGGUUGACGGUAAAGAGGAGGUUGAAGUUGUUGAAUCGAAACCCGAAAUAUCCGAAAUAACCGAUGAAGAAGUAGGUCUUUUGCCCGAUUCUAAAUUAGCCAAACCCGAGGAGGCUACCAUUAUUCCCGAGGAAACAACUUCUGUAGAUAUACAAACCACUACAGUUAUUGAAGGGGGUAAGAAAAAGGUGACCAAAAAGAAGACCAUUAAGAAAGUGGUUGACGGUAAAGAGGAGGUUGAAGUUGUUGAAUCGAAACCCGAAAUAUCCGAAAUAACCGAUGAAGAAGUAGGUCUUUUGCCCGAUUCUAAAUUAGUCAAACCCGAGGAGGCUACCAUUAUUCCCGAGGAAACAACUUCUGUAGAUAUACAAACCACUACAGUUAUUGAAGGGGGUAAGAAAAAGGUGACCAAAAAGAAGACCAUUAAGAAAGUGGUUGACGGUAAAGAGGAGGUUGAAGUUGUUGAAUCGAAACCCGAAAUAUCCGAAAUAACCGAUGAAGAAGUAGGUCUUUUGCCCGAUUCUAAAUUAGUCAAACCCGAGGAGGCUACCAUUAUUCCCGAGGAAACAACUUCUGUAGAUAUACAAACCACUACAGUUAUUGAAGGGGGUAAGAAAAAGGUGACCAAAAAGAAGACCAUUAAGAAAGUGGUUGACGGUAAAGAGGAGGUUGAAGUUGUUGAAUCGAAACCCGAAAUAUCCGAAAUAACCGAUGAAGAAGUAGGUCUUUUGCCCGAUUCUAAAUUAGUCAAACCCGAGGAGGCUACCAUUAUUCCCGAGGAAACAACUUCUGUAGAUAUACAAACCACUACAGUUAUUGAAGGGGGUAAGAAAAAGGUGACCAAAAAGAAGACCAUUAAGAAAGUGGUUGACGGUAAAGAGGAGGUUGAAGUUGUUGAAUCGAAACCCGAAAUAUCCGAAAUAACCGAUGAAGAAGUAGGUCUUUUGCCCGAUUCUAAAUUAGUCAAACCCGAGGAGGCUACCAUUAUUCCCGAGGAAACAACUUCUGUAGAUAUACAAACCACUACAGUUAUUGAAGGGGGUAAGAAAAAGGUGACCAAAAAGAAGACCAUUAAGAAAGUGGUUGACGGUAAAGAGGAGGUUGAAGUUGUUGAAUCGAAACCCGAAAUAUCCGAAAUAACCGAUGAAGAAGUAGGUCUUUUGCCCGAUUCUAAAUUAGCCAAACCCGAGGAGGCUACCAUUAUUCCCGAGGAAACAACUUCUGUAGAUAUACAAACCACUACAGUUAUUGAAGGGGGUAAGAAAAAGGUGACCAAAAAGAAGACCAUUAAGAAAGUGGUUGACGGUAAAGAGGAGGUUGAAGUUGUUGAAUCGAAACCCGAAAUAUCCGAAAUAACCGAUGAAGAAGUAGGUCUUUUGCCCGAUUCUAAAUUAGCCAAACCCGAGGAGGCUACCAUUAUUCCCGAGGAAACAACUUCUGUAGAUAUACAAACCACUACAGUUAUUGAAGGGGGUAAGAAAAAGGUGACCAAAAAGAAGACCAUUAAGAAAGUGGUUGACGGUAAAGAGGAGGUUGAAGUUGUUGAAUCGAAACCCGAAAUAUCCGAAAUAACCGAUGAAGAAGUAGGUCUUUUGCCCGAUUCUAAAUUAGCCAAACCCGAGGAGGCUACCAUUAUUCCCGAGGAAACAACUUCUGUAGAUAUACAAACCACUACAGUCAUUGAAGGGGGUAAGAAAAAGGUGACCAAAAAGAAGACCAUUAAGAAAGUGGUUGACGGUAAAGAGGAGGUUGAAGUUGUUGAAUCGAAACCCGAAAUAUCCGAAAUAACCGAUGAAGAAGUAGGUCUUUUGCCCGAUUCUAAAUUAGUCCAACCCGAGGAGGCUACCAUUAUUCCCGAGGAAACAACUUCUGUAGAUAUACAAACCACUACAGUUAUUGAAGGGGGUAAGAAAAAGGUGACCAAAAAGAAGACCAUUAAGAAAGUGGUUGACGGUAAAGAGGAGGUUGAAGUUGUUGAAUCGAAACCCGAAAUAUCCGAAAUAACCGAUGAAGAAGUAGGUCUUUUGCCCGAUUCUAAAUUAGUCAAACCCGAGGAGGCUACCAUUAUUCCCGAGGAAACAACUUCUGUAGAUAUACAAACCACUACAGUCAUUGAAGGGGGUAAGAAAAAGGUGACCAAAAAGAAGACCAUUAAGAAAGUGGUUGACGGUAAAGAGGAGGUUGAAGUUGUUGAAUCGAAACCCGAAAUAUCCGAAAUAACCGAUGAAGAAGUAGGUCUUUUGCCCGAUUCUAAAUUAGUCAAACCCGAGGAGGCUACCAUUAUUCCCGAGGAAACAACUUCUGUAGAUAUACAAACCACUACAGUCAUUGAAGGGGGUAAGAAAAAGGUGACCAAAAAGAAGACCAUUAAGAAAGUGGUUGACGGUAAAGAGGAGGUUGAAGUUGUUGAAUCGAAACCCGAAAUAUCCGAAAUAACCGAUGAAGAAGUAGGUCUUUUGCCCGAUUCUAAAUUAGUCAAACCCGAGGAGGCUACCAUUAUUCCCGAGGAAACAACUUCUGUAGAUAUACAAACCACUACAGUUAUUGAAGGGGGUAAGAAAAAGGUGACCAAAAAGAAGACCAUUAAGAAAGUGGUUGAUGGUAAAGAGGAGGUUGAAGUUGUUGAAUCGAAACCCGAAAUAUCCGAAAUAACCGAUGAAGAAGUAGGUCUUUUGCCCGAUUCUAAAUUAGCCAAACCCGAGGAGGCUACCAUUAUUCCCGAGGAAACAACUUCUGUAGAUAUACAAACCACUACAGUCAUUGAAGGGGGUAAGAAAAAGGUGACCAAAAAGAAGACCAUUAAGAAAGUGGUUGACGGUAAAGAGGAGGUUGAAGUUGUUGAAUCGAAACCCGAAAUAUCCGAAAUAACCGAUGAAGAAGUAGGUCUUUUGCCCGAUUCUAAAUUAGUCAAACCCGAGGAGGCUACCAUUAUUCCCGAGGAAACAACUUCUGUAGAUAUACAAACCACUACAGUUAUUGAAGGGGGUAAGAAAAAGGUGACCAAAAAGAAGACCAUUAAGAAAGUGGUUGACGGUAAAGAGGAGGUUGAAGUUGUUGAAUCGAAACCCGAAAUAUCCGAAAUAACCGAUGAAGAAGUAGGUCUUUUGCCCGAUUCUAAAUUAGUCAAACCCGAGGAGGCUACCAUUAUUCCCGAGGAAACAACUUCUGUAGAUAUACAAACCACUACAGUCAUUGAAGGGGGUAAGAAAAAGGUGACCAAAAAGAAGACCAUUAAGAAAGUGGUUGACGGUAAAGAGGAGGUUGAAGUUGUUGAAUCGAAACCCGAAAUAUCCGAAAUAACCGAUGAAGAAGUAGGUCUUUUGCCCGAUUCUAAAUUAGUCAAACCCGAGGAGGCUACCAUUAUUCCCGAGGAAACAACUUCUGUAGAUAUACAAACCACUACAGUCAUUGAAGGGGGUAAGAAAAAGGUGACCAAAAAGAAGACCAUUAAGAAAGUGGUUGACGGUAAAGAGGAGGUUGAAGUUGUUGAAUCGAAACCCGAAAUAUCCGAAAUAACCGAUGAAGAAGUAGGUCUUUUGCCCGAUUCUAAAUUAGUCAAACCCGAGGAGGCUACCAUUAUUCCCGAGGAAACAACUUCUGUAGAUAUACAAACCACUACAGUCAUUGAAGGGGGUAAGAAAAAGGUGACCAAAAAGAAGACCAUUAAGAAAGUGGUUGACGGUAAAGAGGAGGUUGAAGUUGUUGAAUCGAAACCCGAAAUAUCCGAAAUAACCGAUGAAGAAGUAGGUCUUUUGCCCGAUUCUAAAUUAGCCAAACCCGAGGAGGCUACCAUUAUUCCCGAGGAAACAACUUCUGUAGAUAUACAAACCACUACAGUCAUUGAAGGGGGUAAGAAAAAGGUGACCAAAAAGAAGACCAUUAAGAAAGUGGUUGACGGUAAAGAGGAGGUUGAAGUUGUUGAAUCGAAACCCGAAAUAUCCGAAAUAACCGAUGAAGAAGUAGGUCUUUUGCCCGAUUCUAAAUUAGUCAAACCCGAGGAGGCUACCAUUAUUCCCGAGGAAACAACUUCUGUAGAUAUACAAACCACUACAGUCAUUGAAGGGGGUAAGAAAAAGGUGACCAAAAAGAAGACCAUUAAGAAAGUGGUUGACGGUAAAGAGGAGGUUGAAGUUGUUGAAUCGAAACCCGAAAUAUCCGAAAUAACCGAUGAAGAAGUAGGUCUUUUGCCCGAUUCUAAAUUAGUCAAACCCGAGGAGGCUACCAUUAUUCCCGAGGAAACAACUUCUGUAGAUAUACAAACCACUACAGUCAUUGAAGGGGGUAAGAAAAAGGUGACCAAAAAGAAGACCAUUAAGAAAGUGGUUGACGGUAAAGAGGAGGUUGAAGUUGUUGAAUCGAAACCCGAAAUAUCCGAAAUAACCGAUGAAGAAGUAGGUCUUUUGCCCGAUUCUAAAUUAGUCAAACCCGAGGAGGCUACCAUUAUUCCCGAGGAAACAACUUCUGUAGAUAUACAAACCACUACAGUCAUUGAAGGGGGUAAGAAAAAGGUGACCAAAAAGAAGACCAUUAAGAAAGUGGUUGACGGUAAAGAGGAGGUUGAAGUUGUUGAAUCGAAACCCGAAAUAUCCGAAAUAACCGAUGAAGAAGUAGGUCUUUUGCCCGAUUCUAAAUUAGUCAAACCCGAGGAGGCUACCAUUAUUCCCGAGGAAACAACUUCUGUAGAUAUACAAACCACUACAGUCAUUGAAGGGGGUAAGAAAAAGGUGACCAAAAAGAAGACCAUUAAGAAAGUGGUUGACGGUAAAGAGGAGGUUGAAGUUGUUGAAUCGAAACCCGAAAUAUCCGAAAUAACCGAUGAAGAAGUAGGUCUUUUGCCCGAUUCUAAAUUAGUCAAACCCGAGGAGGCUACCAUUAUUCCCGAGGAAACAACUUCUGUAGAUAUACAAACCACUACAGUUAUUGAAGGGGGUAAGAAAAAGGUGACCAAAAAGAAGACCAUUAAGAAAGUGGUUGACGGUAAAGAGGAGGUUGAAGUUGUUGAAUCGAAACCCGAAAUAUCCGAAAUAACCGAUGAAGAAGUAGGUCUUUUGCCCGAUUCUAAAUUAGUCAAACCCGAGGAGGCUACCAUUAUUCCCGAGGAAACAACUUCUGUAGAUAUACAAACCACUACAGUUAUUGAAGGGGGUAAGAAAAAGGUGACCAAAAAGAAGACCAUUAAGAAAGUGGUUGACGGUAAAGAGGAGGUUGAAGUUGUUGAAUCGAAACCCGAAAUAUCCGAAAUAACCGAUGAAGAAGUAGGUCUUUUGCCCGAUUCUAAAUUAGUCAAACCCGAGGAGGCUACCAUUAUUCCCGAGGAAACAACUUCUGUAGAUAUACAAACCACUACAGUCAUUGAAGGGGGUAAGAAAAAGGUGACCAAAAAGAAGACCAUUAAGAAAGUGGUUGACGGUAAAGAGGAGGUUGAAGUUGUUGAAUCGAAACCCGAAAUAUCCGAAAUAACCGAUGAAGAAGUAGGUCUUUUGCCCGAUUCUAAAUUAGUCAAACCCGAGGAGGCUACCAUUAUUCCCGAGGAAACAACUUCUGUAGAUAUACAAACCACUACAGUCAUUGAAGGGGGUAAGAAAAAGGUGACCAAAAAGAAGACCAUUAAGAAAGUGGUUGACGGUAAAGAGGAGGUUGAAGUUGUUGAAUCGAAACCCGAAAUAUCCGAAAUAACCGAUGAAGAAGUAGGUCUUUUGCCCGAUUCUAAAUUAGUCAAACCCGAGGAGGCUACCAUUAUUCCCGAGGAAACAACUUCUGUAGAUAUACAAACCACUACAGUCAUUGAAGGGGGUAAGAAAAAGGUGACCAAAAAGAAGACCAUUAAGAAAGUGGUUGACGGUAAAGAGGAGGUUGAAGUUGUUGAAUCGAAACCCGAAAUAUCCGAAAUAACCGAUGAAGAAGUAGGUCUUUUGCCCGAUUCUAAAUUAGUCAAACCCGAGGAGGCUACCAUUAUUCCCGAGGAAGCAACUUCUGUAGAUAUACAAACCACUACAGUUAUUGAAGGGGGUAAGAAAAAGGUGACCAAAAAGAAGACCAUUAAGAAAGUGGUUGACGGUAAAGAGGAGGUUGAAGUUGUUGAAUCGAAACCCGAAAUAUCCGAAAUAACCGAUGAAGAAGUAGGUCUUUUGCCCGAUUCUAAAUUAGUCAAACCCGAGGAGGCUACCAUUAUUCCCGAGGAAACAACUUCUGUAGAUAUACAAACCACUACAGUUAUUGAAGGGGGUAAGAAAAAGGUGACCAAAAAGAAGACCAUUAAGAAAGUGGUUGACGGUAAAGAGGAGGUUGAAGUUGUUGAAUCGAAACCCGAAAUAUCCGAAAUAACCGAUGAAGAAGUAGGUCUUUUGCCCGAUUCUAAAUUAGUCAAACCCGAGGAGGCUACCAUUAUUCCCGAGGAAACAACUUCUGUAGAUAUACAAACCACUACAGUCAUUGAAGGGGGUAAGAAAAAGGUGACCAAAAAGAAGACCAUUAAGAAAGUGGUUGACGGUAAAGAGGAGGUUGAAGUUGUUGAAUCGAAACCCGAAAUAUCCGAAAUAACCGAUGAAGAAGUAGGUCUUUUGCCCGAUUCUAAAUUAGUCAAACCCGAGGAGGCUACCAUUAUUCCCGAGGAAACAACUUCUGUAGAUAUACAAACCACUACAGUCAUUGAAGGGGGUAAGAAAAAGGUGACCAAAAAGAAGACCAUUAAGAAAGUGGUUGACGGUAAAGAGGAGGUUGAAGUUGUUGAAUCGAAACCCGAAAUAUCCGAAAUAACCGAUGAAGAAGUAGGUCUUUUGCCCGAUUCUAAAUUAGUCAAACCCGAGGAGGCUACCAUUAUUCCCGAGGAAACAACUUCUGUAGAUAUACAAACCACUACAGUCAUUGAAGGGGGUAAGAAAAAGGUGACCAAAAAGAAGACCAUUAAGAAAGUGGUUGACGGUAAAGAGGAGGUUGAAGUUGUUGAAUCGAAACCCGAAAUAUCCGAAAUAACCGAUGAAGAAGUAGGUCUUUUGCCCGAUUCUAAAUUAGUCAAACCCGAGGAGGCUACCAUUAUUCCCGAGGAAACAACUUCUGUAGAUAUACAAACCACUACAGUCAUUGAAGGGGGUAAGAAAAAGGUGACCAAAAAGAAGACCAUUAAGAAAGUGGUUGACGGUAAAGAGGAGGUUGAAGUUGUUGAAUCGAAACCCGAAAUAUCCGAAAUAACCGAUGAAGAAGUAGGUCUUUUGCCCGAUUCUAAAUUAGUCAAACCCGAGGAGGCUACCAUUAUUCCCGAGGAAGCAACUUCUGUAGAUAUACAAACCACUACAGUUAUUGAAGGGGGUAAGAAAAAGGUGACCAAAAAGAAGACCAUUAAGAAAGUGGUUGACGGUAAAGAGGAGGUUGAAGUUGUUGAAUCGAAACCCGAAAUAUCCGAAAUAACCGAUGAAGAAGUAGGUCUUUUGCCCGAUUCUAAAUUAGUCAAACCCGAGGAGGCUACCAUUAUUCCCGAGGAAACAACUUCUGUAGAUAUACAAACCACUACAGUCAUUGAAGGGGGUAAGAAAAAGGUGACCAAAAAGAAGACCAUUAAGAAAGUGGUUGACGGUAAAGAGGAGGUUGAAGUUGUUGAAUCGAAACCCGAAAUAUCCGAAAUAACCGAUGAAGAAGUAGGUCUUUUGCCCGAUUCUAAAUUAGUCAAACCCGAGGAGGCUACCAUUAUUCCCGAGGAAACAACUUCUGUAGAUAUACAAACCACUACAGUCAUUGAAGGGGGUAAGAAAAAGGUGACCAAAAAGAAGACCAUUAAGAAAGUGGUUGACGGUAAAGAGGAGGUUGAAGUUGUUGAAUCGAAACCCGAAAUAUCCGAAAUAACCGAUGAAGAAGUAGGUCUUUUGCCCGACUCUAAAUUAGUCAAACCCGAGGAGGCUACCAUUAUUCCCGAGGAAACAACUUCUGUAGAUUUAGAUAAAGUGGCUAAUGUUUUCCCUUUUUCCCCUCAAACAUCUCAAGGAACUUCACAUAAUAUACCACUACACAUAGUACUGUCAGAUGAAAAACUGGAAGAUGUAAAAAAUGAGGAUACUGAAGAGAUACUACAAAAACCUAUUGAAAAGCCAAACGAAAAUGAUAUUGAUAUUAAAAAUGCCUUUUUGAUAUUAAAACCGAAAAAAACACAACUCGAAGAAGAAGAUGAAGUAGCCAGCGUUACAUUCAUUCCCAAAAAAUCUAAAGUUAAGGAAGAUAUAGAACAAGUAUUUAGUAUCAACGCACAAACGUAUGAAGAGGAAGAAAUUUCUAUGACAGGAAUUGUAAAGUUACAAAGAAAAUCAUUAAUAGAAACCCUAGAAGUUGAUACUGUUGACAAUAUUGAUCAAAAUAUACCUGCUUUAACUAUAGAAGAAUUAGAUGAAACAAAUAAAGUUAUUCAAACACAAAAAGAUACAGAAAACUAUGAAACUGAAGUUACUAUAACGUCAAUACCAAAGAUACCUAGCACCAAAAAAGAUCAAAAAGAAAAUAUUGGCGUUACGGAUAACGAACUUCCAUUGAAAGAAGGUGAAGAAGAAGAAAAGCCUAAGCGUAAACCAUCGUUAAAGAAAGAAACUGAUAACCAAAGCUCAACACCAGAAGAUUCAUCGGUUAUAGUAAAACGUCCUAAAAAGAAAUCGAUACCUAAAGAAGAAACUGAAACUGAAGGAACCGAAGUUACAAUUAAGAAAAAACCUAAAAAACCAGUAGCCGAAGAAGACCGAAAAGAAUCUAUUGAAGUUACAAUUAAACCAAAGAGAAAACCAUCAAUACAAAAAGAUGAAGAAUCUGACAAAAUCACUGUAGAAAAGAUAGAAGUUGAAGAAUCUGAUGACAAACUUCCCUCGAAAGAAGGUGAAGAAGAAGAAAAGCCCAAGCGUAAACCAUCGUUAAAGAAAGAAACUGAUGACCAAAGCUCAACACCAGAAGAGUCAUCGGUUAUAGUAAAACGUCCUAAAAAGAAAUCGAUACCUAAAGAAGAAACUGAAACUGAAGGAACCGAAGUUACAAUUAAGAAAAAACCUAAAAAACCAGUAGCCGAAGAAGACCGAAAAGAAUCUAUUGAAGUUACAAUUAAACCAAAGAGAAAACCAUCAAUACAAAAAGAUGAAGAAUCUGACAAAAUCACUGUAGAAAAGAUAGAAGUUGAAGAAUCUGAUGACAAACUUCCCUCGAAAGAAGGUGAAGAAGAAGAAAAGCCUAAGCGUAAACCAUCGUUAAAGAAAGAAACUGAUGACCAAAGCUCAACACCAGAGGAGUCAUCGGUUAUAGUAAAACGUCCUAAAAAGAAAUCGAUACCUAAAGAAGAAACUGAAAUCGUUGAGAUUGAAGAUACUGAUGAUGAUGUUACCUCUGUCACAUACGUACCAAGGUCAAAAAAAAUAGUGGAGAACAUUGAACAAGAGUUUAAUAUACACUCUAAUACUUAUGAAGAAGAAAAUAUAUCUAUGUCAGGUAAAGUGAAAAUUCCAUCAAGAAAGCAAUCCUCUUUAGAAACUGAUGUUAAUGUAUCAGAGACUUUAGAUGUUGUUUUGGAUGAUUCUGAGGUCCAUAAAGAUGACAAGGUAGAAUAUUUGGACAAUGUAGAAGUUCGUCUAAAUCGACCGAAACAAAUCAAAUCUAAGAAUAUAAACAAAGAAAGAACUUUUGAUGAGACAUCAAUUACCUUAAGACAUCCAUUAAAAAGUGCUCAUGAAGAACAUGAAACUUUAGAACAAAUUGAUGCUGUUGAGCUUAAAUUGAGAUCUAAAUCUCAGCCUUUUAAUAUAGAAGAAGGUCCUGAUGAGCUAUUUAAUAUAGAUCUAAAACUAAAAAAAGAAGUUAAGAAUAAUUUAGUUAUAUGUGAAGAAGAAUCAUUGGAUUUUAAAGUCAAACGAAAGCCGUCGAUAAAAUGUAUUACUCAAGAUGGAGCUGAAUUGAACUUAUUCCAAGAGAAAUAUGUAUCAACCGAUGAUGGUAAUAUGACCUGUUCUGAAAACCAUGAUGGAGAAGCUAUGUUUGCAAUACGUUCUUAUAUUGCUGAAAAUGAUGAUGCACUAGAUUUAGUAGAAGGCGAAAAAGUUCACGUCAUUGAGAGCAAUAAUCAAGAAUGGUGGUUCGUAAAAAAACAUUUAACUGAAGAAAAAGGCUGGGUUCCGUCUAUAUAUCUCAGAGACGAAACUAGUUAUAUGCAAUACGUACAAAAGAAACUACAUGAAAAAAUAGACAAACUGCCUAUAUUUCAAAGACAUUCUCUAAAUGAAAAACCAACAGCUCCACGAUUUAUUGAAAAACUUCAACCUAAACACAUACCUGACGGGGGUACAGUUCAGUUCCAAUGUCAUGUGGAAGGAAAUCCUAGACCACAAAUUACUUGGUUUAGACAAACGGCUAUAUUAAAGCCUUCGCAAGACUUCCAAAUAUUCUACGACGAAGACAAUGUAGCAACACUGAUAAUUAGAGAAGUUUUCCCCGAAGAUGCGGGUACAUUUACUUGCGUUGCUAAAAAUAUUGCUGGUUUUGCUUCCAGCACUACAGAAUUAACUGUCGAAGCGCCAUUAUCUGAUCAUGGAUCUGAUAUUACCGGUCUUUCUAGAAAGAGCAUGUCUAGAGAAUCUUCGUUAGCAGACAUACUGGAAGGUAUACCUCCGACGUUUUCACGUAAGCCAAAGGCCACAUGCGCGAAUGAAAACUCUGAUGUUCUUCUCGAAUGUCGAUUAGUAGCUGUUCCAGAGCCAGAUAUCUUAUGGCAUUACAACGGCAAUGAGAUGUCUAGUACGUCAUCUAUUAAAGUAGAAACCUACUCCGAUAUGCACUUCUACGUUAGUUCAGUCAAAAUUAGCAAUGUUAAAAAAACACAAGAAGGAGUUUAUUCGGUAGUGGCUAGGAACAGGGAAGGUGAAGCUAAAAUGGAUUUAGUAUUGAAAGUUAAAACAGGACAGCCCGAGAAACCUCAAAUAUUAGAACCACUUUACGAUAUUACAAUAAAUGAAGGAGAAACUGCAAUUUUAAGUACUCAAAUAAGUGGAGAACCACAACCUACGAUAGAGUGGCUUAAAAAUAACAAACCCAUUUCAAACAUCAACACAGUAGUAUCUAAAGAUGGUGUUCACACUUUGACGAUAAACAAACCAACGCCUCGUGAUUCAGCAAAGUAUACUGUCAAUGCUUCAAACAAGCUCGGAUCUGCUCAAACAACGUGUUUCCUGUCAAUUGAAGAACUUCCUGGUCCACAAGCACCGUUAUUCGUUGAAAGGUUCCAAGAGCAAACUGUAAAAGAAAAUGGAACUAUUACAUUGAUUGCGAGAGUUACUGGAAAUCCAGUUCCGACCGUCUCGUGGUUUAGAAAUAACAAACCUUUAUUAGCAUCUCCAAAAAAGAAGGAAGUAUUUGACGGUGAAAAUAUCGUUUUAGAAAUUUUGAAUGCUGGUAGCGAAGAUGAUGCAGGCGAUUACAAAUGUGUUGCUACAAAUACUUUUGGAACUGCUACACAUGGAGCUCGUAUAUCAGUAGACGUUCCACUAGUGACAUUCUCUCGACCACUGAAGGAAGUGAUAGAGGUUGAUGAAAAGCAGUCAAUAUAUUUGGAAUGCGAAACAUCGCAUACUGUUACGACAAAGUGGUUAUUGAAUGGCAAAGAGCUUACUGGCAUGGAUCAUAGAGAGUUGCAUCAAGAUGGACGAGUACAUCGAUUAGUUAUUAAGAAAUCAAGUAUUCUCGAUUCGGGCAAGUACACAUGUACUGUCAAACACCACUCUACUUCCAGCACAGUAACAGUACAUGAUAUACAAGCAGAGUUUGUAAAAAAACUUGAAGAUGUCGAAGUAAAGGAAAAUGAGUGUGCUAUUUUGGAAGUAGAAAUUUCCUCCGAUACUGCUAAUGUUACAUGGCAUAAGAAUGGAGAAAUGCUUACCGAUGGCUUGAAAAACAAAGUGUUCUUCGAAAAAGAUGGUCAAACACGUAAACUAGUCAUAAGGAGUAUCUCAGUGCAUGACGACGGUGAAUAUACAUGUUCCUUAGGUGAUCAAGAAUGUACUGCAGAAAUAAAUGUCAUAGAAUUAGCACCACAAAUUAUAACUAAACUGAAAGAUCAGAAAGUUGCCACAGGAGAACAGGUGCUAUUUGAUAUUGAAUUGACAAAAGGAGAUGCUCUGGUCAAAUGGACCAAAGACGAAAAAGAAUUACAGCUGAGUAAUAAUGUUAGAUUGACUAUUGAUGGAAAAAGACAAAGAUUGGAAAUUGUUAAAGCGUCAAAGAGUGAUUCUGGUAUUUAUGGUUGUCAAGUUCACGAACAAACCUGUAAAGCUAAACUAGUCGUUGAAGAACCGAAAGCGAGUUUUACAAAAAAAUUACCAGAUGUUACGCUCGCUGUUAAUGGUACUGAUAUUAAACUACAAGUAGAGGUUUCAAAUCCAGAAGUGUCAGUAAAAUGGUUAAGGUCAGGAAAAGUUAUAAAACAAUCUGAAAAAUAUAAUAUAAUUUCUGAAGGACAAGUUCACACACUCAUCAUUAAAAAAGCUACACGAGCUGAUGAGUCCGAAUACACGUGUACAGCAGUUAAUGUCAAGACAUCGACAAAAUUAAAAGUUGAAGUCAAAGAAGAGCCACCUAAAGUUAUUAAUAUAGUCAAAGAAUAUCGUUUAAAAAAAGAUGAAGAUUUAAGUGUUAACGUAACUUUUACUUCAUCGACAGCAACCUCAGCAGAAUGGUUUAUCAACGAAACCCAAUUAAUAAAAUCAAACAGAGUAUCCUAUUCGAUUGCUGAAUCGUCAGCCAGUCUUAACAUUAAAAAGAUAAGCGAGUUGGACACGGGUAAACUCAUUAUAAAAUUAAAGAACGAUUAUGGGGAAACUGUCGAAGAUAUUACCGUCAACGUGAUCGAAGUCCCUGGAGAACCUGGCGUACCGGAUGUUAUUGAGAUCACAAAUACUUCAGUAACACUCCAUUGGAAGCCACCACAGUUCGACGGGAACUCACCAAUCGAAUGCUAUAUAAUAGAAUAUCACGACAAAGACGAAUUCAUGGUGUGGAAUAAAAUAGAAGUCACAGACACCACACAUGAAGUUACUGGACUGCCAACUGGGCAUGAAAUCAUGUUUAAAGUGGCGGCUAAAAAUUGCGCUGGUGUGGGACCAACCUCACACAAUACAAGAUACGUACAAAUUAUCAGUAUGGGUUCAUUUUCUCCCCCUGUAAUUCAAGAACCCCUAUCAGAUUCAUCAAUCGGUUUGGGCAAACCGGCCACUCUUCAGUGUGUCAUCACUGGACAGCCUAUACCUGAAAUAAAAUGGCUUAAAAAUGGCACUGUACUAAAAACUAAGGCGACUACGUUCGAAAAUCACUUGGCCAAGCUAACGAUUAGCGAGUGCGUUGAAUCAUCUGCGGGUACUUACACGUGUCAAGCGACUAAUGGUGCUGGUACGGCUGAGACCUCGUGCAAGUUAAGCGUACAAGACGUGCCUAAAAUCCAAGUCAACGAAUCGGAUACUUCGCAAAUGAUUAGGGUGCGAAACCAAUGGAAGGUCACAGCCAAAUACACAGGGUACCCGAAACCGACUGUAGUGUGGCACAAAAACGGACAACCAUUAGAGAUGCCAAACAAACACGUGAGCAUUUACGACGACUUGGACGAUUGGUCAACAACAAUAGCCAUUUAUUCAGUGGAAAGGCCAGACACUGGUGUUUACACGGUAACAGCGUCCAAUUCUGCCGGCACAACCACUUGUAAUUUGAACCUGAAAGUCAUCGAAUCAGUUAAGGACGAUAAACCAAGUGCGCCACGAGGUCCUAUGCGCAUCAAAGAGAUCAACUCGGAUUCGGUGACUAUUGGAUGGGACAAGCCAGCGGAUGACGGUGGCUUGGAUAUAACGGCAUAUCAGUUGGAACGAUGCAAUGUGGGUAAGAUGAUCUGGUCUAAGGUAGCAGACGUCGGUCAAGAUGUGUCAGCCUACAGUGUUCAAAAGUUACACGAAGAUUCUGAGUAUAUGUUUAGAGUGAGCGCCCAGAAUGCAGUUGGAACUUCAGAGUUCUUACAAAGCGAAUCGGUCACGGUGAAAUGCAAAUACCAUAAGCCAUCGGCACCACAAGGUCCACUGAAGAUUACUGGUGUCACGGACACGUCUUUAACAGUCACAUGGUUACCGCCAUUUGACAACGGUGGCAUAGCUAUUGAAGAUUAUUGCGUAGAGAUCAAAGAGAUCGAUAAAAAAGCUUGGCAGAAGAUCGCUUCUACCAAAGAAUUGCGUAUGAAAAUAUCCGAUCUGAAAAAAGGCUCGUCUUAUAACAUUAGAAUAACAGCCAGGAAUCAUGUAGGUUAUGGAAAACCUUACAUACCGGAUGAGCCAAUUGUUGCUGGAAAACGCAUAAGUUUUAAGGGAGGUAUUUCCGACGAAACGCUAUACGUGCUUAUGGGAAUUUUCCCAACAAAAUCAAAAGCUACUGCGCCUCCAUCCCCGCCAACUAAUUUCACGGUGACCGAAAUCGCAAGUAAGAGUGUAACUCUUAGCUGGGGUCCACCUGAAAGUAACGGAGGCUCAGAGAUUACAGGCUAUGUGAUCGAAAAACAAUUAAACACGACCAACAAGUGGUUCAAGGUAGCGACUUUAGAACCUUCCACUUCACAUUAUUGCGUGGAAAACUUAAAAGAUAAAUCAGAAUACUUCUUCAAGAUUUAUGCCGAAAAUUCAAUAGGACUCAGUCAACCGGUCGAAUCGAAAUUGAUUAGCUUAUUGACUCAUGCGACUGUACCGUCACCGCCGACUGCACCGUUGGAAGUGCGCAACAUCAGCACUAACACUGUGAUCGUUGAAUGGGGUGUACCAGAAACUGAUGGAGGAGCACCUCUUAAAGGAUACAACGUGGCCAUCCGAGACGAAAAGAAAACCAUGUGGAUGGAAGUCGGCCGUGUCAACGCGGACACACAAAAAUACAACAUCAAAGACUUACAAGAACACCAUAGGUAUUGCAUAAGGAUAUUUGCCAAAAACGAAGUUGGUCUGAGCGACCCGCUGGAAACCGAAGAGCCAUACUGCGUAGAAAAAUCAACAGACUUAGAUGAAUCGGACGUCGAAGAAUCCAUUAUGGAUACAAAACCGUCGUUGACCCAAACAUCGGACACGACCACGUCUUGGUUAAGAGAAGCCAACAUGGACGCUGACAUAUCGUCCUACUCGAACAUGUCCUUACUGAAGAGGAACGAAUACUUCUUCAAAGUUUGGUACUACGCGAAGCAACUGUUCAAGUAAUUGCAAAACGGUAAUUUGCAGUAAAAAAAAAAAUGUAUUAUCAUUAUCACCUGUACUUAUAAUAUAUAAACGCAUACAAAAUACGAAUGCGGCAUGAGAGCGUUUCGUUUUGUCAUUCCCUGAGUCAAAAUGAGAUGUUUUCCCUCCAAUUUCAUAUUUUCGUUGUUGUUUAACUGUGAUUGUGAUACAUCGAUUAAUUAUUUACCAUUUUAUUUUAUUUUUUGUAUUUAGUUUAUUUACCCUCCCUCUCCCCGCCCCCCCCCCCCAUUAGCCACUUCCCGGUAGUUUUAAUUACUUUAUCAUAUAUAGAUAUUUAUAUUAUAUUUUGAUUGACAUAAAAAUAGGGUGGUAACUCGUUUUUUUAAAAUUAUAAAUAUAAAUAUAAAUUGUUUUUUGUUAGUUGUAAGAUAUACCUUAAUUAAAAUUAAAUUAAGCUAACAUGAUAAAGUUAUUUUAUUGUUUAAACUCCCUGUUAUAUUAGUAUUAAGAA